GCACAUCUCCCGCUCUUCAGCUCUUUCUCUUUGGCGUUCCUCAAGUUGGUGAAGAAGAUGUUGUGAAACAUUAUUCAAGGUUUCAUGUCAGUUUCAGAAGUGUAAUCUGUAUCUUUUUCUUGGGGCCGCUCUUAUUUCUUUUUUCUUUUAAAUCUUUUUUUUUCUACAUAUUAUUUGUGUAAAUCUUAUACCUCCCAUUUUAGCAUUUAUAUACCUCCAACACACUUUAAGUGUCAGUUGGAAUGGCAAAGAGCACGAGAGAGAGGAGGCAAAAGAUGAGAAAAUUGCAAUUAAUUAAUUAAUUAAUGCACUCACAUGUGUACAUUUAAAAAUUUUGCAGUAUCAGUAACCAAGUUUUUUUCUUGUUACUUAUUUUCUGUUUUUUUUCUCUCGCUUUUUUUUCCACAGGCACAUUCACAAUCCCACAGAAAUGUGGGUUUUGGUUUAAAUCGUGAGGUGUUUUUUCUCAACCUCGAGGAUGGCUACUUUGGCUGCCAAGUAAACGAAUCCACAGAUUACUUGCAACUAUAUGAGCUGUCCAAGCUGUGCGAUGGCCAAUCAGACUGCUAUCUGGGAUCGGAUGAAUUGAGUGAUAAGCUAAAAUGUUCUCAUGAUUGCGACAAAGAUGGCACAGUAUGCUCCAAUGGAGCUUGCUUGGACUCUCAAUGUCACUGUAAUGAUGGUUUUGGUGGAUGUAAUUGCCAAGUGCCAGAUGAAAAUGAGUGCAAAUAUCGACCUUGCGAUGUAUUUGCCCACUGUACAAAUACUCUGGGCAGUUUUACGUGUACAUGCUUUCCCGGGUACCGUGGCAAUGGUCUUCACUGCGAAGACAUUGACGAGUGCGAGGAUCCAGCAAUUGCAGCUCGAUGUGUCGAGAAUGCCGAAUGUUGCAAUUUACCAGCACAUUUUGUGUGCAAAUGCAAACCCGGAUUUGAAGGUGAUGGCGAAGAACUCUGUCUGGAUAUCAAUGAAUGCGAGAGACCGGGAUCGUGUGGCAUUAAUACGCAUUGCAUAAAUCAACCGGGCAACUACACAUGUCUAUGUCAGGAUGGCUUCGAAGGAAAUCCAUACGACGGGUGUGUGGAUGUCAACGAAUGUCUCAUUCCUGAUGUUUGUGGCCCUGGGGCUAUCUGUACAAAUCUCGAGGGCAGUUUUCGCUGCGACUGCCCUCCAGGUUUCGACGGUGAUGCCCGCCAGGGUGGCUGUGCAGAUGCCGAUGAGUGUAGCCGAUCACCAUGUGGUCGGAAUGCACUGUGCACAAAUGUCGUAGGAAGUUUUCGAUGUCAGUGCCCAGAGGGAUAUAUCGGGGAUCCCAUGGUAGACUGCCAAGACAUCGACGAAUGCUCUAACAAUCCUUGUGCCGAGGGGGCUCAAUGUACUAAUAUACCUGGUGGAUUUAAGUGUGAUUGUCCACCAGGUUACACAGAUGCGGGAACCAAUGGAGAAUGUGUGGAUAUUAACGAAUGUGGCAGGGCAAAUCCUUGUGGGAUCAAUGCUAAAUGUAUUAAUCUCCCAGGAUCUCACAAAUGUCUCUGUCCGUCGGGAUUUUCCGGACAAGGAGACAUUUUCUGUGACAAUGUAAAUGAAUGUCGGGAUAAUCCAUGUGGAGCAAAUGCCAUAUGCACGGAUACCAUUGGGAGUUUUGUGUGCUCAUGCAAGCCAGAGUACACGGGAGAUCCAUUCAGAGGUUGUGUUGAUGUGGACGAAUGCACGGCGCUGGACAGACCGUGUGGGGAUCAUGCAAUAUGUGAAAAUGCCAAUCCGGGAUACAAUUGUCUGUGUCCGCAGGGUUAUCGCGCGAAGCCGGACGCUAAGAUUGCGUGUGAACAAUUUGAUGUGAAUAUACUCUGUGCAAGUAAUUUUGAUUGCACAAACAAUGCUGAGUGUAUUGAGGGUCAGUGUUUCUGUCAGGAUGGGUUUGAGCCACAAGGUUCCGUGUGUGUCGAUGUGGAUGAGUGUCGGACAAAUGAGAAUAUUUGUGGGGUCUAUGCACAGUGCAUUAAUACUCCUGGCUCCUACAAGUGUCUGUGUCAGGCGGGCUAUGUGGGUGCUCCGCCGAGGAUCGCGUGCAAAGCCCCAUGCGAGGACGUUAAGUGCGGCCCCCAUGCAUACUGUAAGCCAGACGGCGUGGAGGCGUACUGUGUCUGUGAUGAGGGAUGGACAUACAAUCCGCGAGAUAUUGCGGCGGGUUGUGUGGACAUUGAUGAAUGUGACACAGUGCAUGGGCCGACGGGAAAGUGUGGAAUUGAAGCUAUUUGCAAGAAUACUCCUGGUGGAUUCUCAUGUCAGUGUCCACCGGGAUUCAGUGGGGAUCCGCACAGACAGUGUCUCGAUGUGGAUGAAUGUUCAAGACCAGGAUCGUGUGGUGUGGGGGCACUUUGUCGAAAUCAUCCGGGAACUUAUGAGUGCUCGUGCCCCGAAGGCAGUCUUGCUGAUCCCGAUCCUCGAGUCAGAUGCAUAGCCAUUGUCACGUGUAAAGUUGACAAUGACUGCCCAGGAAAUGCCAUUUGUGAUGAGCACAAGAGAUGCCUCUGCCCAGAGCCUAACAUCGGCAAUGAUUGUAGACAUCCUUGUGAAGCUGUUGUUUGUGGUCCAAAUGCCAAUUGCAUGAUUGUGAAUCAGGUGGCACAGUGUCUCUGUGCUGAGGGUUAUACUGGAGCAGCAAAUCAACUUGGUGGAUGUUCUGAUAUUGAUGAGUGUGCAGGAAAUCCAUGUCCAAGUGGUGCUGUGUGCACAAAUACUCCCGGAGGGUAUUCAUGUCAGUGCCCUGGUGGUAGUUCUGGUGAUCCCUAUCGUGAUGGUUGCACCAAAAAUAAUCUUAUUGCUAUCACAUGCUCAGACAGCCAACCAUGUCCUUCGGGAGAACUGUGCGUGUUGGAUUCCUACAGUGGACAUUCUGUCUGUAUCUGUCGUCAGGGAUAUGCUCGUGACGACAGUGGAAAGUGUCACGAUGUCAAUGAAUGUACAGAACAUCGGGGUAGGGCGUGUGGUCUCAAUGCUCUGUGCAAAAAUCUUCCGGGAAGUUAUGAAUGUCAAUGUCCACCUGGUUUCAAUGGGAAUCCCUAUUUGCUGUGCGAGGAAUGCAAUAGUCUGGACUGUCAGUGUCAGGCUCCGUACAAGCUUGUUGGUGGAAAUUGCAUCCUGGCAGGAUGUCAGGAAGGAGGCAGGUGUCCUCCGGGGGCAGAAUGUAUCUCAAUUGCCGGUGGAGUGAGUUACUGUGCCUGUCCCAAGGGAUAUCGUACCCAAUCUGAUGGAUCCUGCGUUGAUGUCGAUGAGUGCAAUGAAGGGAAGCAAGCCUGUGGCUAUGGAGCGGAAUGCAGAAAUCUGGUGGGAUCGUACGAAUGCUACUGUCCUCAGGGAUACGGCGGAGAUGCCUAUCAUGGACUCUGUGCUCCAGCUCAACGAAGAUGCGCCUCGGAUAAAGAAUGUGGAGUCAAUGAGAAAUGUGUUCAGCCCGGAGAGUGUAUCUGUCCGCCGCCAUUCUUCAUGGAUGCCUUCGAUGGAAACAAGUGCAAAAAUCCUUGUGAACGUUUCCCUUGCGGUAUUAAUGCCAAAUGCACCCCAACUGAUCCACCUCAAUGUAUGUGCGAAGUUGGCCACAAAGGAGAUCCACUGCAAGGAUGCGUCGAUGAGGAUGAAUGUGCUCAUGCUCCAUGCUCCUAUGGAGCGCACUGUAUUAAUGAAAAGGGAGGAUACAAAUGUGUCUGUCCCAAAGGUUUCCGAGGUGAUCCCUACAAGGGUGAAUGUAUCCUGGAACCGGGUUCAGUGAAGAGUGAAUGUCACAACAAUGAAGAUUGUGCUGUUAAUUUGGCUUGUGUCGGAGGAACUUGUAUCAGUCCUUGUUCGUCCUUCCGUUGUGGUCCCAAUGCCUUUUGUGAACCUGAAAAGCAUGUGGCAUGGUGCAGGUGUCGUGUGGGAUUUGUCGAAGGACCAGAUGGAAAUUGUGUAUCUCAAUGCAAUGACUACCUCUGUGGCCAGGGAGCUGUGUGUAUUGUAACAAAUACAGGGCCUACAUGUAAAUGUCCUCCUGGACAGUAUGGAAAUCCCUUCCCUGGUGGUGUAUGCGUAACAGAUCAGUGUUCAGCUAAGCAACCUUGUCAGAAUCCUCAGGUUUGCGUAAACGGAAGGUGCAAGCAUAGAUGCGACAGUGUUAUCUGCGGAGUUGGAGCUACUUGCGAUGCUGCGUCUGGAAAAUGCGUCUGUGAGCCAUCCUUCGUUGGGAAUCCUGAAUUGCUAUGUAUGCCACCUUUCCAGACGCCAGUUUGUGAUCCUGGAUGCGGACUCAAUGCCCAUUGUGAAUACGGUUUUAUCACGAAUCAAUGUGUCUGCAAUCCGGGAACAACAGGAAAUCCCUAUGAAGGAUGUGGUCCUCAGAAGAAAACCAAGUGUUCGCCGAAUUCAUGUGGAAGGGGAGCAGAGUGCCGAGAAGGAGGUCAAACUAUUGAAUGCAUCUGUCCAGGUGGAUACAUUGGGAAUCCCUAUGUUGAAUGCUUCGAUGUGGACGAAUGUUCAAGUCAUGCAUGCGGAAAGGGUGCGGUGUGUAUUAACACUCCAGGAAGCUAUGACUGCAGAUGCAAGCCAGGAUUUGCUGGAAAUCCCUACUCUCUGUGCACUCGAACGCAUAAUGAAUUCUGCGAUGAUCCUGGUAGAUGUCAGUGUGGACCUCAGCUUCAGUGUCCACCAGGGUUUGCCUGUGAGGGUGGCAGGUGUCGAGAUCUCUGUGAUAGAGUAGCAUGUGGCCCUCGAGCUGCCUGUGACUCAGGGAAAUGUAUCUGUCCUCCUGGAUAUACAGGAAAUCCCAAAGAUAAAAUCAAUGGAUGUACAGUUUUUGGACAGUGCGCAAAUGAUGCUGACUGCAAGAAUCCAGAGAUUUGCUUCCAGUUCGGAAGGGGAGUAAGAAAAUGCGUUGAUGCUUGCAGCAAAGUUCAGUGUGGUCCAAAUGCACUGUGCUUGUCGAAAGAUCACAGAUCGGCUUGCAUUUGCGCUGAAGGAUACCACGGUCAACCGAGUGACUUGGUAGUAGGGUGUCAACCUGAAGAGAGAGACGCCCAUCAAGGAGCCUGCGAUACAAAUGAUAACUGCGAGAAUGGAUUCAUAUGUACAAUUGAUCGACAUUGUGUGCAUCCUUGUUCAACUGUUGCUUGCGGAACACACGAAGUCUGUCAGUUGGAUGAAGCUGGUCAUCCUGUUUGUCACUGUACGACUGGAUUUCUCUGGAAUCCUGUUUCGUCCCGUUGCGAACAGCCUUCAAUCCCAGACUGUGGCUCAGACAGAGAUUGUCAUCAAGUGGCAGCCUGUCGUCCGGAUGUCCUUGGCGUUCUCAAGUGCAUCUCAGUUUGUGCAGAAUUUACUUGUCCAGCCAAUUCAGUCUGUGUGGCUACGAAUCACGUUGGAAGUUGUCAAUGUCUGCCAGGUUUCUCAGGCAAUCCCAAUGAUCGCAAUGGUUGCCAACCUGAGCUCAGAAGUCAAUGUUCAACGAGUGCAGAGUGCGCAGAAUCUGAAGCUUGUGUUCGUCAUGAAGGCGUCAUGAGGUGUCGCCCGGCCUGUGAGGAGAGGCAGUGCGGUCCUCAUGCUGUUUGCAUAAGCAACAAUCACAAUGCUCAGUGUCAAUGCCCACCAGGUCCAUAUGCGGGAGAUCCCUAUGAUCUAGCCAAUGGUUGCCGAGUUGUUCCAUGUGUCUACAACAUCGACUGCCCUCCAACGCAGAUGUGCAACAGACUGACUCAUAAAUGCCAUGAUGUCUGCGAGGAGGAUUCCUGCGGAACUGAUGCCGUGUGCAUUGCUGAGGACCAUCGUGCGGUUUGUCAAUGUCCUCGAGGCUUCCGACCAAAUCCAAUUCCAAGUGUUGAGUGUGUUCCCGUUGACGGAUGCUCACCAAAUCCUUGUCAUCCUUCAGCCAUUUGUUCGAUCACCUCUCUCGGUCAUACCUGCAAGUGUCCUCCGAAUCACAUUGGCGAUCCCUUCACGACAGGCUGUCGUCCAGAAGGAGCAUGUCCAGCUGGUGACCGAGACUGCCCUCCACAUGCAGCUUGCGUUGGUGGUCGGUGUAUUGAUCCAUGCGAGUCAGCUUGUGGUCCAAAUGCUCUGUGUACAGUUGUCAAUAGGAAGGCUCAGUGUGAUUGCCCACAGAGGUUUGAAGCUGCCCUUACAGGUGCUCGCGAUGGAUGUUUCCGUCAAGUGAGGAUCUGCAAAACCGAUCUAGAUUGUGGAGGAGAAGUUUGUCAACAGGGUCAGUGCAAAGUGGCCUGUCGGAAUGCCAAUGACUGCUCAAUUGGGGAGAAGUGUGUUCAGAACACUUGUCUUCUCCCCUGCUCUAGUCACAGUCAAUGUCCGAAGGGUCAGGCUUGCUCAGCUGGAGCGUGUAUACUGGGAUGUCGAAGCAACAAAGACUGCCCUACCAAUACAGCCUGUAUUGAUAGUAAAUGCCAAGAUCCUUGCGCCAAUGAAGGUGUCUGUGGUCCCAAUGCUUUGUGCAAAUGCGCCAAUCACGUCACUUCCUGCACUUGUCCUCCAGGCUUCGAAGGAAAUCCUAUUCCUGAACAAGGUUGCGUCAGGGUACCAGCAACGUGUGUGGCAACACUUCAGUGCCCAACUGGACAUAUGUGUAUUGCGAAUCAGUGCAAUUUACCCUGCCGGGAGACCCUUUCCUGUGCCAUCGGCGAGAGAUGCUACAAUAGCGUCUGUGCUAAAGUGUGCUACACCAAUAACAACUGCCUACCGGGAGAAAUCUGCAAUAAUGACGGAGUAUGCCAGACUGGAUGCAGUUCAGAUGGAGAUUGUCCUACUAGCCAGGUUUGCCUCAGUGGGAAGUGUAGAUGCGGAGUUGGAUUCAUUGGAACACCUUUCGGAUGCUCAGAUAUUGAUGAGUGCACAGAGAGACCUUGUCAUCCUUCCGGAAGAUGCGAAAAUACUCCCGGAUCUUAUCGAUGUGUCUGCCCUCCCGGGACUGUUGGAGAUGCAACUACUGAACCAGGAUGCGUUCAACCCAAUGAAUGCUUCAGGAGUGAAGACUGUGAUGCUAGAUUGUCGUGUGUUCAGGGAAAAUGUACAAAUCCCUGUGCAACAAUUCAAUGUGGACCCAAUGCCUUCUGUGAUGCUGAAAAUCAUCAUGCUACUUGCUCAUGUCCCAGUGGACAUCUCGGAGAUCCCAGAGAUUUGUCAGUGGGAUGCUUUAGGGUUGAAUGCCUUACCAGUGAAGACUGUCCUAUUGAUCGACAUUGCCACGAUGAGACAAAUAAAUGCAUCAAUCCAUGCGAUUUUGUCAAUUGUGGAAGAGGAUCAUGCUCAGUUGUCAAUCACGAACCCGUGUGUGCUUGCUCUCAAGGGUACUCCCUUCAGGGAGGUAGAUGUGAAGAUAUUGAUGAAUGCGCUACUAAUCCAUGCCAACCAACAGCAAUUUGUACAAAUACUCCCGGAGCAUUUGUCUGUUCCUGUGCUGAAGGACUGGUAGGAGAUCCCAUCCAUACUGGCUGUCGCAGUCCUGGAGAAUGCUACACAGACACUGAUUGUCCAUCAACAGCUCUCUGUGAGAAUUCCAAGUGUCGCAAUCCUUGUGAUAAUCCUGGAGCUUGCGGCCGAAAUGCUGAAUGUGUACCUGUGGCACAUUCUGCUGUCUGUCGAUGUCCAGGAAACACAAGAGGAAAUCCUACGCAUGAAUGUAUCAGGAUUGAGUGUUCAGACAACGAUGAUUGUCAACUCUCUCAGACCUGCGUUGAUUCUAAAUGCGUCAACCCGUGCUCUCUGGCGAACGUUUGUGGUCAGAAUGCUGAGUGCGUUCCGGAUAAUCAUCAAGGAGUGUGCUCAUGUCAUCCUGGAAUGACGGGAAAUCCUCUUUUGGGUUGCGUUCCUGUUCAAUACUGCAGCAUUGAUCAACAGUGUCCUGCAGGAACUGUCUGCAAUGCAGGAGUAUGUUGCUCUCUCUGCUCUAGUACUAGAGAUUGCUAUGGAGACCAACUAUGCAUCCAGGGAGUUUGUCAACCGACUUGUCGAAGCAACUCCAGUUGUCCAGACUUCCAGUACUGCCUCAAUAGUAUCUGUACCCAGGACUUUGCUUGCCGCUCAGACGAUGAUUGCGAUAUUGAUGAAAAUUGCGUCACAGACUCUUCGGGAAGGUCUCAGUGUCAGAACGCUUGUAGUGGACGAGUUCUGUGCGGUAGAAAUGCAGAAUGUACUGCCAGACAGCACGAAGCUGUAUGCUCCUGCAAACCUGGAUUUUUCGGUGAUGCAAGAGGUGGAUGUAGAAAAAUACAGUGUCAACAGGACUCUGACUGUUCCACUGAUAAGACCUGUGAUAAUCACAUGUGUAAGAUAGCUUGCUUGAUGGGAGAACCAUGUGGAGCUAAUGCUCUGUGUUCUGCUGAGAAUCACAAGCAAGUCUGUCAUUGUCAGCCUGGAUUUACGGGAGAUCCUAAAGUAAGGUGUGACGUCAUCGAUUACUGUCGAGAUGGUCCAUGUGGUCCAGGUGCUAGAUGUCGCAACAGUAGAGGAUCCUUCCGAUGUACCUGUCCACCGGGAUCCGUUGGUGAUCCAUACCACGAUGGCUGUCGAGCGGCAGUUGAGUGUGAACGAAAUGAAGAUUGUCCAACAUUUGCAGAGUGCCAGAAACAGAAUGGUGUUCCCAAGUGCAAGGAUGUCUGCGAAAAUACUCUCUGCGGACCAAAUUCUGAGUGUCAACCUCAGGGACAUGUUGCUCAUUGUCAGUGUAGAUCAGGGUAUCAGGGAGAUCCCAAUGAUAUUGCUAUUGGUUGUCGACCACUACCAGUUCCUUGUCAUUCAACAGCAGAUUGUCCUUCCAACACUUACUGCUACGCUGAUGUAUGUAAGCCAGUUUGUGUUCUCAACACAGAAUGUGCUUUGGAUGAAGUAUGCUUCAAUGGACAGUGUCUGAAUCCUUGUGAACAAGAUCAAGCUUGCGGAAUGAAUGCAGACUGCGUUAUCAACAACCAUCUGAAACAAUGUGCAUGUCCGACUGGAUUUACUGGAAGUCCGGACAAUGAAUGUGUUAGAAUUCCAGUUGCUUGUGUCUCUUCGCGAGACUGCAUUGAAGGCCAUACAUGUAGGGAUACAAUGUGUCUACCAUCUUGCGGAGCAGACUACGACUGUGCUCUCAAUGAGAAGUGUAUCAACAGGAAUUGCAUGCUUACUUGUCGCGUUGACAAUGAUUGCUUCCUGGGACAUAUUUGCCUUCACAAUAAAUGCGUCUUUGGAUGUCAUUCUGACGAAGAUUGCAGUGCUAGUGAGACAUGCAGGAAUAACUUGUGCAGCAAUCCUUGUCACGACAAUCCAUGUGGUCCUAAUGCUGUCUGUACAGUUUCAAACCACCGAGCUUCAUGCUCGUGCAUCCAGGGCAUGGUACCAAGUCCAACUGCUAAGGUUGGAUGUAUCAGAGCUCCAGCUCUACCCUGUGCAGAAAAUCGCGAAUGUCCUGGUGGAUUUGCUUGCUUUGAAGAGAUGUGUCGACCAGUUUGUGCAAGCGAUGGUGGAUGUCUCAACAAUGAACGCUGCGAAAAUGGAGCCUGUAAACCGCUCUGUCGAAGGGAUGACGAUUGUCGACAGGGUGAGGUGUGUCAGGGUCUCAUUUGCACCGUAGGAUGCCGUUCAAAUUCUGGUUGUCCAGAUGCUUUGACUUGUAUUGGUCAUCAGUGCAGAGAUCCUUGCCUAGAAGCUACGGCAUGUGGAACCAAUGCAGAAUGUGAAGUUGUUGACCAUCAGAAGAUUUGCACUUGUCCACUGCCUCUUGUUGGUGAUCCAACAAUUGGUUGUCGAUAUGAGCAUGUUGCCUGUGGCAAUCACAGAGACUGCCCACCUGGACAUUCUUGUUAUGGCAAUGUCUGUCAAAUCUCUUGUCGCAACGAUCAAAAUUGCUUGGCUGAUGAAAGAUGUAUUCGUGGAACGUGUCGAACGGUCUGCAACAGCGAUGGAUCUUGCGGAAAAGGACUCAUUUGCGAAAACCGUGUGUGUCAAGUGGGAUGCAGAAAUGACUUGACUUGUCCAUCUGAUCAAGCUUGCAUCAAUCGACAAUGCGCUGAUCCAUGCUCUGUCAGUGGACAGUGUGGAAACUGUGCUGAGUGUAGUGUCGUUAAUCAUGGUGUUCAGUGCAGCUGUCGAGCUGGUUAUCAGGGCAAUCCUCUUCAGGGCUGUGUCCUUCCUCCACAGAGGUGCAAUUCCUACUGUCAAUGCGAUGAACAUGGUAUUCUCUGUGCUGAAACCUGCAAUGAUGACAGUCAGUGUUCAUGUGGACAGAAGUGUUCCUUGGGGAAAUGUCGUAUGGCAUGCAAUCCUGGAACAUGCCCAGCUGGUCAACUUUGCGAUGGUGGAGCUUGCGUUGCUGGCUGUCGUACCCAUCUGGAUUGUGCCAAUGAUCAAGCAUGUGUCUCCGGUCAGUGUCAGGAUCCCUGCACACGAGAUGGAUCAUGUGGAAGGAAUGCUCUGUGCCGAGUUUCUGAUCAUCGAGUUCUCUGUCUUUGCCCAGAUGGCUUCCAUGGGGAACCAUCGAGGGAAUGUACGAAAUUCGAAUGUUCUUCUGAUGCAGACUGUGAAACUGACAAAGAAUGCCGAGCAGGAUCGUGUCGAAAUCCCUGUCUCGAGCAAGGCGCAUGUGGAAUCAAUGCUCAGUGUCGUGUGGUUAACCAGAGAGCUCAGUGUUCGUGUCCACCCGGUUUUGUGGGCAAUCCUGAGAUUGAGUGUCAACAAUUGUCGCCGGGCACAUGCCUGCGGAAUCCGUGUGGGGCGAACGCGGUGUGUCACGAACUAUACGGCGGAUAUGAGUGUAGUUGUGUCGAGGGAUGUUCGGGUGAUCCGCGUAAGGGAUGCCAGUGCGAGGGUGAAAUUGUGAAUGUAUGUUCCCAUCAGACAUGCGGUCUCAAUGCAGCGUGCCGUGUACGAAAUGCCCACACUGCCGAGUGCUACUGUCCACCAGAAUUCCCUACAGGGGAUCCAUACGCUCAAUGUCUUCCUGAGAAAUCGUACGUUGACUGCCGUUCUACUGGAUGUCCCACCGGAAAAUGUGUUCUUCACAAUCUCCAAUAUGUCUGCCUAAUAGACCAGGAGUGCCAGAGUGAUGUGGAUUGUCCCAGCGAGAAGGCAUGUAUCGGUGGACAGUGUUCGGAUCCAUGCACGAUGCGCGGUGCAUGUGGGGAAAAUGCCCUGUGCCAGACGGUUCUACACCGACCGCGGUGUACUUGUCCCAAUUGCUACGUUGGUCGGCCCCAUAUUGAAUGCACCCCAGAUCCCAAUUGUGCUGCCCAAACGACACCCCGACCCAAUGUUGUACCCGUCCGAGCUUGCCGUGAGGACAGUGACUGCCAUCAGACCCUACACUGUGAUACCAAUGGACAGUGCACGGAUCCUUGUGAAAAUCCAACUUAUGUGUGCGAGGGUAAUAAAAGGUGUGAAACUCGAAGACAUCGUCCCGUGUGCGUUUGCAAGGCCGGUUUUAUUGUGAAUGAAUAUGGGGAAUUGAUAUGCGCUCCGGAGACACGUGAGUGUCAUCGGGAUGAUGAGUGUGCGUCCAAUAAGGGUUGUAUUGAGGGUCGUUGUGUCAAUCCUUGUGCCGAAAAUGCACGUCGUGGCCGACCCUGUCCAUCCGAUAAACAGUGCCAGGUUGUCGAUCGCAAGGCUGUAUGCAUCUGCAUGAAGGAUUGCCAUCCAUCUCUGAGUAUUUGUCUCAGAGAUACUGGGUGUCCUUCCGAUAAGGCAUGCCGUAACUAUCAAUGUGUUAACCCAUGCGAUCACGCCACAUGUGCCGCAAAUUCACCCUGCUACGUCGAAGAUCACAAGCCCAUCUGUAAAUUCUGCCCACCAGGAUUUGUGGCUGAUGCGCGAAAUGGAUGUCUAAAAGCAGUUAUUGAGGAGAAGAUGAUCUGUUCAAAACACGAGGAUUGUGACGACAAAAAGCAUUGUCGGAUGGGGAUUUGCGAAAAUCCCUGCACAACUGUCAUUUGUGGCAUUUUGGCUCAUUGCAAUGCUACAAAUCACACUGCUCAGUGUCUAUGUCUACCCGGUUUAACCGGGGAUCCCUAUGUUAAGUGUUUCCUAACUCAAGUGCAAGAGGUCACAACAGAAGGUAUACAAAGUAAAUCCUAUACUGAAAGUGAAACAGAAGAAAUCAUUACAAGUACUCCUUUUGAAACAUCUACUCAAUAUCUUGAUGUGAGAUUUAAUACAGAUAUUUCAAGAGAGACUACAACAGAAACUACGACAACUCAACAGCAAACAACGACAACCACAGAAGAAAGUUUAAUAAGUACACAAACUACUCCAGAAUCUGUGAUUAUUGACACAACAACUGGAAUGACUACAAAGUUAUACGAAACUACAACAACAGAAAAUGUUGAAGAAACAACAACCUUCAGAGAGAUGAUUCCUGAAACAACAGGAACUACGACAACCACAGAAUCUGUGAUACUUGAUUUGACGACCAAUAAAACAACAAUUGUAACACAAACACCAACAACUGAAUCUGUUACUGUUCCUAUGACUACUACAGAACAACCCGAAACUUCAUCCUUUCCUACAUCUUACAAAACUACAACAGAAUCAGAUAUAUUUGAAACAACUACAGGAACUAAACCAAUUAUUGAAGAAAGAAAAAUUACAGAAUACUCUACUCAGUGGACAGAAGGUAUUACUGAGACUACAACUGAAUCAGUUAUAAUAGACUUGACUACAAAUAAGACAACUGUUCCUGUUCGGGAAACAACACAAACUAUUUCAGAAACUCCUGAAACUACAGAAUAUCAAACCUCAACUGAGUACACUGAAACUUAUCCGACAAGAGGAUAUACAAAAGAAUCGAGAAUUUUAAACACAACUGAUAUACCCGUAUCAACUACAACCACUGAGAGUGUUCCUACAGAAACAGAAUAUUUGUUUUCCACAUCAACAGAAUUUGCACAGACGGAGGGACCUACAACAGAGGGUAAGACCACGGCUAGAGAAUACGAGGAACCAACUACAAAGAAAAUUGCUGAUUUUACAACAGAAAUUGACACAACAUACUCCAUUGAAAAGGAGACGACACCAACUGGGACAACAGCAAGAGAAUUCAGUACUCCAUCUGCAUCAACUACAACUUAUACAGUAGAAACAACUUCUGGUCAAACAGCAACUGAGGAAGAAGUUACCCUAGGUCAAAGUACUACGAGGGGUUCAACUUAUGCUUCCGAAGAAACAACUCAAGAAGAAUUUACUACGCCUGAAACUACAGCAACAACAACAGUGGUUCAACAAUUGACAACAACUGAAUCAUUCACAGAAGGCAGAACUCUGUCUGAAUCAACAACUAUUUUUACUGAAACUAGUACUCCAAAAGUGACAACUGAGACUGUUUCAGAGACUAGUGAAGUAUAUACGCAACAUACAGAACCUACAACUAAGUUGCGAGAAACCACAAUAGAAACUGUAACUGACACUACUGCUAAAUAUGCAUGGUUUCCUGAAUCUAGGACUGAACCUGAUGAAUUUGAAGUUACAAACUUGGGUGAACAAACCACAACAACUAUGGCCAGUAAAAGAAUCACCGUCCCAACUAUUCCUACUACAACUGAAGCAUCUACUGAAUCUACAACAGUAUAUCGUGAAUAUACUCCUGAAAUUACUGAAAGAACAACUGAAAGAUCUUCUGAAUAUACAGAGGGAUAUACAACUACAGAGAAAAGAGAAACUACUACAACACCCACGAGGGAAUAUUCCGAAUAUACUGAGAGAGCAACAACUAGUACAGAGUUUACGGAAUCUACAACUGGUAUUGAAGAAACUACAACUGUGGCAGGAAUAUCUGAAGGAAUCUCUGAAAGUACUGAGCGAUAUACUUCUACACAAAAAUCAGAAACUACGACUACUCCAAUGAGUGAGUAUUCUGAGUCUACUCAAAGAGCAACAACGGGUACUGAAUUUGCAGAAUCCACUACCGGUUUUAAAGAUACGACAACCCAGUCGGCGAUAUACAGUACUACCGAAACAUUUUCAGAACCUUCUGAAUUUACAACUAAAUUUGUAACACAAGAGAUUACUGAACCAACUCAAAGAGAGAGUGCUUCUACUGCUGAAUACACCACUGAAUUUUCUGAAACGACAACAUCAGAAAGAGCAACUACUACUGAACAAGUUAGAACUACAACAACGGGCAAAGAAUAUGGAACUCCCAUAACUCAGUAUUUUACAACGGCUGAAACUCAAAGUAUUCCCACAGAAACCGAGGUAUUCACUACGACUGAGAUACCCAAAGAGGUGACUUUCUCAACAGACUCAACAACAGAGACGAGUUAUUCAACAGCAGGUGAAUCGGUAUCUGCUGAAACGUCUACAAGAAGUGGCGAAACAACGACGGUUCCUCCUACAACUACUACAGCAUUAAGUCCAGGACCCCGUGGGGAUUUUACAGAUAAUCCCGUGACAGACGAAAUGUUUACUGGUGUUAAUUUAAUGACUGAAUCAACCAAACGGACUAGAGAUAAAACCACUCAAACUUAUCCAAGGUAUACUGCUAGUACAGAAGAGUCUACUACUGUGUCAGAAUAUCCCUAUGAUAAUACAGCGAGAUAUCAAACGACUACACAAACUGAUACAACUGCAAGAGAAUUUAUUACUACCAGACGCCCUCCACUUUAUCCCGGAACCACAUUAACAACUGAAAGUACAGAAUUUUCCACAGAAAGUACACAACAAUAUCCUACAACGCAAUUUAAGGAAGACGCAACUUCAGAAACCACGGUUUCAACGACUGGGAAAGUAACAACUACUGAAUACAUUCCUACUGUUUAUGAAACAACCAGUACACAAUAUCCUUCGACACAAACAAGAGAAAGAGAAUUCUCUACAACUGAGGAAGUACCGACAGAAACUGAGGUACCUUCUACAACUACUGGGGAGUUGAGAGAAAAUACUCCCACGGUUCCAACAACAACAACAGAAAGAAUAAUUACGAGUACUGACAGUGAAAGUAGUCUUACUUUUGGGCGCGACGAAACAUUCCCAACAAGUACUACUACAGCCAAAGAGGAAUAUACAACUCUGCAGCAAUCAAUAACUGAAUCAUUCACUGAAGGAAAGACUGUUUCUGAAACAACAACACAAAAGAUGACAACGGCCUCAGUAGAGUCGACCACCACUGAAACUUCAGAACUAGUUUCAACAUCAACAACAGGUUUUACAGAAUCAUCAACAACCGGAGAACUAACUGAAAGAAUAACUACAUUUGAAACAACAGAAGGUUUUGGAGACACUACUACUCCAGAAACACGGUCAACGGAAAAAGACCUCACUGAUACUACUUCACAGGUCUUAACAACUAAGACGACAGAGAUUAUAGAUUUCAUUGAACCACGAACUGAGCCAGAAUCAGUAGAAACUACAAGUUUGGGACCUGCAGGAACUGAAACUGUAUUUAGUGAAAGGUCCACUGAUUCGAUUGUUACUCAAUCUACAACAAGUUUUACUGAAUCGCCUGUAUAUUCAGAAACCACAGUUGGGCUAACAGAGACAACUGCAAAAGUCUCCGAGAUCACAACGAUUGAAGCCCGUGAUACUACUACACAACGCGAAGAAACCACCAUCCCCACAACCUCUGAAUUAUUUGCAACAGAGAAAAUUACCACUCAGUAUGUUACUGAAGAAAGAACGUCUGAUACUACUCAAAGUAUUUAUGAAACUACAACGAAAUUAGGAGAGACCACAUCUACAGAAGGAUCAACCAAAGCCGAAACCACCACAAUGCUAUUUGAAACUUCAUCUUCAGAGGGCACAACCCUAUCAGAAACAACUAUAAAGACUCCUGGAACAACAGCUUUUCCUACAGAAACUACAUCAACCGAGAGAUCACGCACACCAGAAACUACAACAAUGUUUUUGGAGGCUUCGUCGUCUCAGGGUACAACUGGCCGGGACACAACUACAAUGGUACCUGGAACAGAAACUGUUUCUACUGAGGCUGUAACAACUUCUAAGCAAACUACAUCAAGUGAGGAAUCUAGCACACCUGCAACUACAACAAUGUUGUUAGAAACCCACUCCGACGCGACAACUCAGGCUUUUGAAACUACAACUUUUCCAACUGAAAAUACAUCAACUACAUCAAGUACACUUGAAACUACAACAAUGGGUUUGGAGACUUCGCCGCCUCAGGGUACAACUGACCGGGAAACAACGACAAAUUUCCCUAAAACUGAAGCGGUUGCUACAGAAAAUACAACAACUUUUAAGCAGACUACAUCAACUGAGGGAUCUAGCACACCUGAAACUACAACAAUGUUGUUAGAAACUUCGACUUCGCAAGGUACAACUGGUUCCUCCGAAACUACAUCAACAGAAGAAACAAACAUACCUAAAACGACAACAAUGUUGUACGAGACAUCAUCAUCUGGGAGUACAACACCCUCAUAUAUAACAACAGAAGCUCCUGGAACGACAACAGCUUCUGUAACAAUUCCUGAAAUUGAAGGCAGACAUGGUGGAACAGAGCCAGUUGAAACGAUAACAACUAUUUCAGAAGGAACUGUAACAUCAGGUCAAGUUGAUAUUUACAGUACUACUCCUCUAAGUGCUGACACCACACCAACUUCUUACCUAGAAUGCUUUAAAGAUGAGCAUUGUGACACAACGGAAUCUUGCAUUGGAAACACUUGCAUCAAUCCUUGUACCUACUAUUCCUUCCUUUGUCCUGAAACUGUUCCUUGUCUGACACAAAAUCACACAAUUCUUUGCAUUUGCAAUGAGUCCAACGCCGGAAUGAGCGUUGAUUGUAAUGAAAGACCAGGUAAAUUGAUCUAUGUUGCGCAUUGCCGACAUUUUUCAUCUCAUUCGGUUUCACUACAGUUGUUUUUUGAUGUAUAUAAUUCCACAGAUAUUGGAUGCACCUCCCAUUCGGAUUGUCCUGUCCAGAGAGCGUGUGUCAAUGCUCGAUGCAUUGAUCCGUGUAUUCAGGCUAAUCCUUGCGAUGAAUUGCAAGAGUGUCAGGUGCAAAAUCAUCAACCGGUUUGCGGACGAGAACCAAAUAUUGGUUCUGGCUGUGAACAUUGUCCUCCUGGAGUUCAUUGUGAUCCAUCAACUGGUGCCUGUGUCAGAGUCAAAUGCACACAAAAUGAGGAUUGUACCUUGACAGAAGCUUGUAUAGGAGGGAUGUGCCAGCACCCGUGUGAUGUGCACAAUCCCUGCGCCUCAGGUGCUAUUUGCAUAAACACCAAUCACGGAUCAGAUUGCAGUUGUCCAGAGUACUAUCAUGGCAACGGAUAUGUAGGAUGUGUUCCAGGUAAAACUUUCAUCUGCCAGUACAAUGAAGAUUGUUCUCCAGACAAGUAUUGUGAUCGCCUCAAUCGUCGAUGUAUCAAUCCCUGUAUUGAAGAUUCUUGCGGUGAAAAUGCCGAAUGUUUCCCAACUAAUCAUGCAAUUGAAUGUAGAUGUUGGGAUGAGUAUGUUGGCAAUCCCUAUGUCGAAUGCUCAAGAAUCUUAGGCUGCCGAUCCGAUCAAGAGUGCAAUCAGUACGAAGCUUGCGUCAACGGACAAUGCGUUUCCCCAUGUCAAUGUGGAAUCUAUGCGAUCUGCGAUGUGAUCAAUCAUCAAGCGUUCUGCAAGUGUCCUGUUGGGUACACAGGAAAUCCCGAGAUUGCCUGUCAACCUCCGCAGAAUCCUUGCGAACCCAAUCCAUGUGGACUGAAUGCACUGUGUGAGCUCGAUCGGGGAAAUCCAAUUUGUUACUGCCCGAAAGGACUCACUGGAAAUCCAUUCAAAAAUUGCAUUCCUGAAGGCAAUGAAUGUCUUCCCAAUCCAUGUGGACCAAACAGUGGUUGUCGCGUUGUCAACAACCAACCCAUUUGCUUCUGCCUGCCCGAAUAUGAAGGUUACCCACCUGAAAGACCAUGUGUACUGCCUCAGAAUCCUUGUGAUCCAUCCCCAUGUGGUCCCAAUACCCAGUGUUCAAUCCUUCCCAAUGGCUUUGCCAAAUGUACCUGCCUAGCAGGUUAUAUUGAGAGUCCUAACACCAUCAGAGGCUGCGUAGAGCCAAAGAAUCCUUGCGAUCCCAAUCCUUGUGGUCUUGGUGCAGUCUGUGAUUCAUCACGUCAACCAGUUUGCUACUGCCCAGAGAGAACUGUCGGAAAUCCCUACAGGAGUUGUGUUGAACCCGUUUUGACUCCAGAACUUUGCAAACCUGGUCCAUGUGGUCGUAACGCUGAUUGCUAUGUCGCCAACAGUCGCGAGGAAUGCUACUGCCGACCGGGUUUCAUUGGUGACCCCUACAGUGGUUGUCGUGAAAUUCCUCGAUCUGCUUGUGAACCCAAUCCUUGCGGACCUGGAGCCCAGUGUAUCAUCACUCCGGAAGGGCAUAGCAUGUGUAGGUGUCCUGAUGGAGUUGGUGGUGAUCCUACAAGUAUCACCGGGUGCAGGGGCUACGAAUGUCGCGUGGAUGAUGAAUGUCCCUACGACAAAGCCUGUAUUGGUUUUCGCUGCAGAGAUCCUUGUCCGGGAUCUUGUGGUUUUGGUGCUCACUGCCGCGUUGAAAAACAUCACCCAGUUUGCUUCUGUAAUCCAGGACUCACAGGAAAUCCUCUCACUCGGUGCUAUGUUCUCCCAGAAAGAGCUCCAACGCCUCGACCGUCUCCCUGCAAUCCGUCACCCUGUGGUGUCAAUACUGGUUGCAAAGUCAGUGGCAAUCGCGCAAUAUGCUCUUGUCUGCCAUCCUACAUUGGAGAUCCUAAGCUAGGAUGUCGCCCAGAAUGUACCAUCAAUUCAGAUUGUCCGUCCGAUAGGGCUUGCAUGAAUAGGAAGUGCGUGAGCCCGUGCGAGGGUAGAGUGUGUGGCAUUGGAGGAGAAUGUCGAAUGGAGAAUCAUACUCCAGUGUGUCAGUGUCCUAACGGAUACAUCGGUGAUCCAUAUUUCCAGUGCGUACUUCUGCCACCAGUUACCGAGCCGAAGCAUCCUUGUGCUGCAGAUCCAUGCGGAAACCACAUGUUCUGCUCGGUAUAUGGAAAUGACGUUGCUAUUUGCGAUCCAUGUGCUACACCAGAAGCCUACAAUUACCCACAAUGUAGACCGGAGUGUCUAUCAAAUGCUGACUGUCCCUUCAACUUGGCUUGUCUCGGUCAGAAGUGUUUGGAUCCUUGUCCAGGAUCUUGUGGUCAUCAAUCUGUGUGCACUGUGGUCUAUCACAAUCCUAUCUGUCACUGCCCUCAAGGACUCUAUGGAAAUCCCUUCGAACACUGUUCAACGCCAUCCAUUAUUGUCCAUGACAAGGUGGAAUCAUGUGCAACUGUUCGAUGUGGACCAAAUGCUGAGUGUCGUCAGCAGGGAGGAGUUCUAGCUUGCGUCUGUCGCAAAGGAUACUUUGGAGAUCCUCUAUUGGGUUGUCAUCCAGAAUGUGUCGUUAACCCAGAUUGUCGACCUGAUCUUGCUUGUGUCAACGGAAAGUGUGUGGAUCCAUGCAAAGGAGCUUGUGGUCUCAAUGCUCAAUGUCAGACAGUCAAUCACUUCCCAGUUUGCUACUGCCCUCAAGGUUUCACUGGAAAUGCUCAAGUUCAUUGUUCAGAACAGAGACAAAUCCCACCAAUUGUACCUCUAAAUCCUUGCGAUCCUACACCAUGUGGCCUCAAUAGUCGGUGUUUGGUGUCGCCUGAAGGAUACGCCAUCUGCUCUUGUUUGCCUGGCUACAAGGGUGCACCGCCAGCUUGUCAACCAGAAUGCCUCAUCAGUGCAGAUUGUGCUCAAAAUCGGGCAUGUAUCAAUCAGAAAUGUGUUGAUCCUUGUCCAGGAACUUGCGGUAUCAAUGCUUACUGUGAAGUUUUCAAUCACAAUCCAAUCUGCAGUUGUCCUCCAGAUCAGGAAGGAGAUCCCUUUGUCUCCUGUCAAUACCCAGAAGACAAAGCUGUUAUUCCUAUUGUGCCUGAAAACCCAUGUGUUCCGUCACCGUGUGGACCAAAUUCCAUCUGUCAAGUUCGCGAUCAUCGGCCAGUUUGUUCGUGUGCAGUUACCUACAUCGGAAGUCCUCCAUACUGUCGACCAGAGUGUGUUGUUAGUGAAGAAUGCCCUCAAGAUAAAGCCUGCAUCAAGGAGAAGUGUCGCAAUCCCUGUGAUAAUGUAUGCGGUAUCAAUGCUCAGUGCAGUGUUAUUGCUCACUCAGCAUUCUGCAACUGCCUUAAAGGAUACCAAGGUGAUGCUUUUGUUGGAUGCUCUAAGAUUCCCGAACCUCUUGCACACCAUGAUCCGUGCAAUCCAUCUCCGUGCGGAGAAAAUGCCCAGUGUACUGAAAGAAAUGGCGUUGCUAGAUGUUCCUGUAUUCCACCAUACAUUGGUGAUCCGUACACAUCUGGAUGUCGACCGGAAUGUGUCUUCAACUCAGACUGCCCGAGCCACUUGGCAUGCAUCAAACAACACUGUCGCGAUCCAUGUCCAGGAGUUUGUGGAUCAAAUGCUGAAUGUGCUGUUGUCAAUCACAUUCCAGUGUGUACUUGUGCAAGGGGAUACCGUGGAGAUCCGUUCUCUGGUUGCCGAGCUGAACCAAUUGCUCCACCACCUACACCACUCAAUCCUUGCGAACCAUCUCCAUGUGGGCCGAAUAGCGUUUGCCGUGUUGUAGAUGGUAGACCUAUUUGCUCUUGCCAGACAGGGUAUUUCGGAGUACCACCGGCUUGCAGACCAGAAUGCAUUGUCAGCUCUGAGUGUGGACAGCAUCAAGCCUGCAUCAGUCAAAAGUGCAAAGAUCCUUGUCCAGGAACAUGUGGCUUCAAUGCUCGUUGUCAAGUAGUCAAUCACAAUCCUAUCUGUAGCUGUCCAAGUGGCUACGUCGGAGAUCCCUUCGAACAGUGUAUUGUGAAACCUGAAGUUACAGUUCCGCCAAAACAAGUCAAUCCCUGCUUGCCGAGUCCCUGUGGUUCAAAUGCCGAAUGUCGGGAGAUUGACAGCCGAGCUGUGUGUAGUUGCUUACCCGAUAUGCUUGGUACACCACCAAAUUGCCGACCAGAGUGUGUUAUUCAUCAAGAUUGCCCGUCUAAUAGGGCUUGUGUUAAUCAAAAGUGUCGAGAUCCUUGCAUUGGUUCAUGUGGUUUUAAUGCACAGUGCACAACGCAGAAUCAUCAACCGAUGUGUACGUGCUUUGACAGCUACGAAGGUGAUCCCUAUGCAGGCUGUAAUCCCAGACAAGUUCAAGUCAUUGAAGUGGUGAAUCCCUGCAAUCCCUCGCCAUGUGGAUCAAAUGCUUUGUGCAAAGAACGAAAUGGUGCUGGUUCUUGUGUUUGCAUGCCUGAAUACUUUGGGGAUCCCUAUAUAAAUUGCCGUCCUGAAUGUAUGCAAAAUUCAGACUGUUCACACGACAAGAGUUGCAUGAAUCGCAAAUGUGUCGAUCCAUGCAUUGGUACAUGUGGUAUCAAUGCUGAAUGCCGUGUCACAAAUCACUAUCCUAUAUGCACCUGUACGCCAGGAUACACGGGAAAUCCAUUACAAUUGUGCCACAUCAUUCCAACAGCCAUCAUUGUUCAUGAACCUGUGAAUCCUUGUACACCAUCCCCAUGUGGACUUUUCAGUACGUGUCGUGAAGUAGACAGUCGCGCUGUUUGUUCAUGCCUACCGAACUAUCUCGGUGCACCGCCAAAUUGCAAACCUGAAUGCGUUGUAACGUCAGAAUGCGGAUAUGAUCGGUCUUGUGUUAAUCAACGGUGUGUUGAUCCUUGUCCUGGAACAUGUGGUCAUCAUGCCAGAUGUCGCGUCACCAAUCACAAUCCCAUUUGUUCUUGUCCACCCGGAUACAUUGGAGAUCCUUUUGUACAGUGCGUACUGGAAGAAAGAAAACCUAUUGCUGUUAUCAAUGAGAACCCCUGCGUGCCAACGCCAUGCGGACCAAAUUCUCUAUGUAAGAACGUGGAUUCUCGGGCUGUUUGUUCCUGUGUCGCCAAUUAUGUGGGUAGACCACCUAAUUGUAGACCAGAGUGCGUUAGCAAUUCCGAGUGUCCAACGAUACUAGCGUGUAUUAAUGAGAAAUGCCGUGACCCGUGUGUUGGAUCAUGUGGCCUCAAUGCUGAAUGUCGUGUCGUUUCCCAUUCGCCCAUUUGCAUGUGUAUUGGUGGAUAUUCUGGGGAUCCUUUCUCAGGAUGCACGAGGGUUGUAGUACAGAUAAAAGAAGAAAUCCCAACUCCAUGUACACCAUCACCAUGUGGCAUCAAUGCCGUAUGUAAGGAACGCAAUGGUGCUGGAUCUUGCUCAUGUAUCCCAGAAUAUUCUGGGAAUCCCUAUGUUGAGUGUCGACCGGAAUGUGUUCUCAAUACCGAUUGCCCACGCAAUAGGGCUUGUGUGAACAACAAAUGUGUCGAUCCAUGUCCUGGAACUUGUGGAUUAAAUGCCGAAUGUCGCGUGGUGAAUCAUUCACCGACCUGUACAUGUUUACCUGGAUACAUUGGGAAUGCUCUAAGUGCAUGCAAUUUACCACCUCCAAUUCGGGAUGUGCCUGUACCUGUAAAUCCAUGUGUACCCAGCCCCUGUGGUGCCAAUAGCAAUUGCCGAGUGGUGAAUAAUCACGCUGUGUGCUCGUGCAUAUCGAAUUAUGUUGGAACCCCACCAAAUUGUCGGCCUGAAUGUGUUGUUAGUUCAGAAUGUGGCCAAGAUCGGGCAUGUAUCAAUGAAAAGUGCAAGGAUCCAUGUCCUGGCACUUGUGGUAUACAUGCUAGAUGUCAAGUGGUGGUUCACAAUCCGAUAUGCAGUUGCCCAAGUGGUUACACCGGUGAUCCCUUUGUAAGCUGCUCCCCGGAAGAGAGACGACCAGUUGUGUCGGAACCACCUAGAGAUCCCUGUGUUCCCUCUCCCUGUGGACCCAAUUCACAAUGUCGCGCAGUAGACACUACACCAGUUUGUACAUGUCUUCCCAAUUACAUUGGACGAGCUCCCAAUUGCCGUCCCGAAUGUACCAGUAAUUCCGAAUGUCCUGGAUAUUUGGCAUGCGUCAAUGAAAGAUGCAAAGAUCCCUGUCCCGGUUCUUGUGGAAACUUUGCCACUUGCACCACAGUCAAGCAUCGUCCGAUAUGUCGAUGCGUUGAACAAUAUUCCGGUGAUCCAUUCACUGGAUGCACCCCAAUUGCCAUCCUACGAGAACCUGAAAUUCUAAUGCCUUGUUCUCCAUCUCCUUGUGGUAUCAAUGCUAUUUGUCAGGAGAGAAAUGGUGCCGGAAGUUGUUCCUGUAUUCCUGAAUACUUUGGAGAUCCGUACGUUGAAUGUCGCCCAGAAUGCGUGAUGAACUCUGAUUGUGCCAAGAACAGAGCCUGUGUUAAUCAGAAAUGUCGCGAUCCUUGUCCUGGGGUCUGUGGGCUCAAUGCUGAAUGCAGUGUUGUCAAUCAUGCUCCGACUUGCAUGUGUCUUCCGGGAUACACCGGCAAUCCUUCGCUCUCUUGCCAUGAAAUACCCAGAAUUGCCGAACCACCAAUCCCUGUACAUCCAUGUCGUCCAUCUCCUUGUGGACCAUACAGUGAAUGCCGGGAAGUACAUGACCAUGCGAUAUGCUCAUGUCAGAAGAAUUAUAUAGGAGCACCACCAGCUUGUCGUCCUGAAUGUACUGUCAGCUCCGAAUGUAGCCAAGAUAGAUCUUGUAUCAAUCUCAAGUGUGUGGAUCCUUGUCCAGGGACCUGUGGCAUUCAUGCUAGAUGUCAAGUCACAAAUCACAAUCCCAUCUGCAGUUGUCCACCGGGAUCAACUGGAGAUCCUUUUGUUCAGUGUGUCCCAGAAGAAAGACGACCUGCUCCUGUUGAACCAGUCAAUCCUUGCGUUCCCUCACCUUGUGGUCCAUAUUCUCAGUGUCGUGCCGUUGGAAGUACUCCAGUGUGCACAUGUUUGCCCAAUUAUAUCGGACGGGCUCCUCAGUGUCGCCCAGAAUGUGUUCUUAAUGCUGACUGUCCGGCUAAUUUGGCGUGCGUCAAUGAGAGAUGCAAGGAUCCUUGUCCUGGAUCUUGUGGCUUCAAUGCACUCUGCAAUGUCGUUAAACAUUCGCCUGUUUGUACAUGUCAGACAGGAUUUACGGGUGAUCCGUUCUCAGGGUGUCAACCCAUUCCAAUAAUUCCUCCUACGGAAGAACCUCGUAAUCCUUGCAAUCCCUCACCAUGUGGGGCUAAUGCUGUAUGCAAAGAACGCAACGGUGCUGGAUCAUGUACAUGCCUCCCAGAUUACUUUGGAGAUCCUUACAGUGGAUGCCGUCCUGAGUGUGUUACAAAUAAUGAUUGUGCACGUGACAAGGCAUGCAUAAAUCAGAAAUGCAAGGAUCCCUGUCCAGGUGUUUGUGGUUUCAAUGCUGAAUGUCGCGUUGUCAAUCAUGCUCCCAGUUGCGUCUGUCUUCCUGGAUUUACGGGAAAUCCUCUGACAUCCUGCCAUGAACCUCCACCUCCACCCAAACAACACGAACCCGUCAAUCCUUGUGUUCCUUCACCAUGCGGACCCAACAGUCAGUGUCGGGAAGUAAAUAGUCACGCUGUCUGCUCCUGCCAAACGAACUAUAUCGGUGUCCCACCUAACUGUCGUCCCGAAUGCAUGAUAAGCUCAGAAUGUGCUCAGGAUAAGGCAUGUGUCAAUCAGAAAUGUGUUGAUCCAUGCCCGGGUACUUGUGGUGUUGGGGCACACUGCAUGGUAAUCAACCACAAUCCGAUCUGUUCUUGCUCUCCCGGAUUUGUGGGUGAUCCUUUUGUGCGAUGUAUAAAACACUAUCUAGAACGUCCUGUUGUGGUACCCACUGGCGAUCCCUGUGUACCUUCUCCUUGUGGACCAAAUAGUCAAUGUCGCGCUGUUGGUGAUACUGCGGCUUGCUCCUGCCUACCCAAUUAUGUUGGCAAAGCGCCAAAUUGUCGGCCCGAAUGUACUAUUAAUGCCGAAUGCUCACCAAGUUUGGCGUGCAUCAAUGAAAAGUGCAAAGAUCCGUGCAUUGGUUCAUGCGGAAUCAAUGCUCGUUGUAGUGUUGUUAGUCACAAGCCCGUAUGUCAGUGUGAUGUUGGAUUCACUGGCGAUCCAUUUGCCAUUUGUACUGAAAUACCAAGAUCUCAACCGGUUCCGGAAGUACGUAAUCCCUGCAAUCCAUCACCAUGUGGAGCAAAUGCUGUGUGUAAAGAAAGAAAUGGAGCAGGAAGCUGCUCUUGCCUCCCUGAGUACUAUGGUGAUCCAUACAGUGGAUGUCGUCCGGAAUGUGUUCAAAAUUCUGAUUGUGAUCGAUCGCGGGCAUGUAUUAACAAUAAAUGUCGCGAUCCUUGUCCAGGAGUCUGCGGUGUCAAUGCAGAGUGUCAGGUGCACAAUCAUGCACCUACUUGCUUGUGCAUUCCUGGCUACACUGGAGAUCCUUCAACUGCCUGUAGAAUCAUCGAACAAGUAACUACCCCACCGCCUACAAAUCCCUGCCAACCCUCACCAUGUGGUCCAAAUAGUAUUUGCCGUGAGGUGAACAGUCACGCUGUGUGUUCAUGCCAACCCAAUUUCCGCGGUUCGCCACCCAAUUGCCGGCCAGAAUGCGUUGUUAGUUCUGAAUGUACGCAAGACAAAGCUUGCGUCAAUCAGAGAUGCAUCGAUCCAUGCCCAGGCACAUGUGGUAUAAAUGCCAAGUGUCAGGUUGUGAAUCACAGUCCAAUCUGUAGCUGUGCUAAGGGUUAUACUGGCGAUCCAUUUGUACGAUGUACCCAAGUUGAAUUACCACCUCCAUCAAGAGAUUCUGGCAAUCCCUGUAUUCCGUCACCCUGUGGACCAAAUAGUCAGUGCAGGGUGAUUGGUGAUCAGGCUGCAUGUUCCUGCAUGCCCAAUUAUGUGGGUAGAUCUCCCAACUGUCGUCCAGAAUGUACCAUCAAUGCUGAAUGCUCAAGCAAUUUGGCAUGUGUGAAUGAACGUUGUGUAGACCCUUGUCCAGGAUCAUGUGGAUCAAAUGCCCUGUGUAGUGUGGUAAAACAUAAUCCUGUUUGCACGUGUACCCAAGGCUAUGAAGGGGAUCCUCUUGUUCAAUGCAAUCCUGCAUUACCUCCAUCUACUGAACGAGCUCCUCCUCCUACGCCUUGUACACCAUCUCCUUGUGGUCCCAAUGCUGAGUGUCGGGAAAGAAAUGGAGCUGGUGCUUGCUUCUGUCAUGAGGGUUUCGAAGGAAACCCUUAUGAUAAAACUAGAGGCUGUCGCCAAGAGUGUGAAGUCAAUCAAGAUUGUGCUCCACAUCUUUCAUGCUCCCGCAAUAAGUGUGUGGACCCGUGUAUUGGAACAUGUGGAACCUAUGCUAUUUGCACAGUUGACAAUCAUUUCCCAGUCUGUACUUGUCCACCGGGUUACACUGGAGAUCCAUUCUUCCUCUGUCGCGAAGAACCAGUUACUCAACCACCUCGCAGAAGAGAAAACCCAUGUAUUCCAACUCCUUGUGGACCCAAUAGUAAUUGCAGGGCGGUUAAUGAGCAAGCUGUUUGUUCAUGCCAACCUGGUUACAUUGGAACACCUCCUCAGUGUCGGCCGGAAUGUGUUGUGAAUUCUGAAUGUCCAGCUGAUCGUGCCUGUAUCAAUCAAAAAUGUGCUGAUCCUUGUCCCAAUACCUGCGGAAUUGAGGCUCAUUGCUCAACAAGGAAUCACAAUCCCAUUUGUGCCUGUCCUCCUGGUUUCACUGGUGAUCCAUUCUCUCAGUGCUCGAGAAUCCAAAUUGUACCUCAACCUACAACCACUGAGAGACCUCCAUCUUGUACACCAUCACCCUGUGGACCAAACUCCAAGUGUCAACUGAUUGGGGGCAAUCCAGCAUGUUCUUGUCUCGAAGAUUAUGUUGGAAGUCCACCCAAUUGCAGACCUGAAUGCGUUCUCAAUUCCGAAUGCAGUGGUCAGCAGGCAUGUAUAAAUCAAAAAUGCAAAGAUCCAUGCCCAGGAUCCUGUGGAUUCGAUGCUAAGUGCCAUGUUACAAAUCAUGUUCCGAUCUGCACAUGCAAUGAUGGUUUUGAGGGUGAUCCUUUCAUCAGAUGCAACAGAAUUCCACCAACUACUGUUACACCAAUUGUUCAUGAUCCCUGCAAUCCAUCCCCAUGCGGUCCUAAUACUCACUGCAACAAUGGCGAAUGCACUUGUAUUGCUGAGUAUGUGGGCAAUCCUUAUGAAGGAUGUCGACCAGAAUGUGUUCUCAGUUCAGAUUGCAGCCGAGACAGGGCUUGUUUACGCAACAAAUGUCGCGAUCCAUGUCCAGGAACGUGUGGCCAGAAUGCCAAAUGUGAAGUGGUCAAUCACAUUCCCAUCUGCUCCUGCCCAACAGGAUACACGGGAGAUCCAUUCAGUCAUUGUCGUGUUGUUGAAAUUGUGCCAGAACCAAAACGUGAUCCAUGCAAUCCUUCACCUUGCGGACCAAACAGUCAAUGUCGUCAAGUUAGUGAUCAAGCUGUAUGUUCCUGUUUGCAAGGUUUUAUCGGAGCUCCACCACAAUGUCGACCUGAGUGUGUUAUCAGUAGUGAAUGUUCUCAAACUCAGGCGUGUAUCAAUCAGAAAUGUGUUGAUCCAUGUAGAGGAGCUUGUGGAGUCAAUGCCAGAUGUGAGGUUAUCAAUCACAGUCCGAUCUGCAGUUGUAGUGCUGGACAAACUGGUGAUCCAUUCAAUCGCUGUCAACCGAUACCACCACCACCGGCUCCCAAGGAAGAACCUGUACCUCAUGAUCCUUGCAAUCCUUCCCCUUGUGGUCCCAAUUCAAUUUGUCGAGCCAAUGCUGGCGGAAGUCCAUCUUGCCAGUGUAUCAGUGGAUACGUUGGAGCUCCUCCCAAUUGUCGUCCAGAAUGUGUUAUCAACCCAGACUGUCCCAGUCACCAAGCUUGCAUCAAUAACAAGUGUGUUGAUCCGUGUCCUGGAUCUUGUGGAACAAAUGCCGAAUGCCGUGUUAUAUCUCAUGCUGUUGUCUGCACCUGUGCUGUCGGAUAUACAGGAAAUCCAUUUGUACAGUGCGUAGUACAGCAACAAGAGAGAAUAAAUCCAUGUGAACCAUCUCCAUGCGGUCCCAAUGCUGAAUGCAUACGGCGCAAUGAUGCUGGAGCUUGUAAAUGCAUCGAAGACUAUCAAGGAAAUCCCUACGAGGGAUGUAGACCAGAAUGUGUACUCAGUUCGGAUUGUCCAACCGAUAGAGCGUGCAUUAGGAAUAAAUGUGGUGAUCCAUGUCCAGGAGUCUGUGGUGAAAGUGCUCAAUGUCAAGUCAUCAAUCACGUACCACGGUGUUCGUGCUUUGAUGGAUACAUUGGUGAUCCUUUCACAAGGUGCUACUUACGUCCCACGGAACCCGUGACAAUUCAACCAGUAGAUCCUUGCAAUCCUUCACCAUGUGGUCCAAAUGCUAGAUGUAGGGUAGCCAAUGGUGUAGCAGUGUGUUCGUGUGAAGCAGAAUAUGUUGGUGCACCACCAAACUGUCGUCCAGAGUGUACAGUGAAUGCAGAAUGUCCGUCAAAUAAAGCGUGCCAUAAAUUCAAAUGUGCCAAUCCAUGCUCAGGAACGUGUGGAUUUAAUGCCAGAUGCGAAGUCAUCAAUCACAAUCCAAUCUGCAGCUGUCCACCUGACAUGACAGGUGAUCCCUUCACGAGGUGCUCACCCAUCAUCAAACAAGAACCACCACCACAGCCAAGACCUGUUGAUCCCUGCAAUCCAUCACCGUGUGGUCUCUAUGCUGAGUGCCAAGCCAUUCAGGGCUCUCCUUCGUGCUCCUGCAAACCCACCUAUGUUGGAUCACCACCAAAUUGUCGUCCAGAAUGUGUUGUUAAUACUGAUUGCCCAUCCAGCAGAGCGUGCAUUGCUGAAAAGUGUAGAGAUCCAUGUGAAGGAUCUUGUGGAUUUAACUCCGAAUGUCGUGUUCAAAAUCAUAUUCCUAUCUGUACUUGUCGACCAGGUUUUACUGGUGAUCCAUUUACGCAGUGUACACAAAUUAUCGAACGUCUCCCACCAGUUACACCCUCACCUGAUCCUUGCGAUCCAUCGCCAUGUGGAUCAAAUGCCAACUGUCGCGAGGGAAUUUGCUCAUGCAUUCCUAAUUACUUCGGAGAUCCAUAUACAGGAUGCCGACCAGAGUGUACCAUGAACACGGAUUGCUCACCCAACAAGGCGUGUGUUAAUACCAAAUGCAUAGAUCCUUGUCCAGGAACUUGUGGUCAAGAUGCCAAGUGUGAGGUGUAUAAUCACAUUCCCACUUGCAGUUGUCCACCAGGUUUUCGAGGUGAUCCAUUUGUUCUGUGUCGACAAGUACCUGUCGUUCAGGAACCUAUCAAUCCUUGCAAUCCAUCACCAUGUGGCCCCAAUUCCAUCUGUCGCGAGGCUAAUGGUGCAGCAGUCUGCACAUGUCAACCAAGAAUGGUAGGAUCUCCACCAGGUUGUCGACCAGAGUGCGUUGUGAGUGCCGAAUGUGCUCUCCAGAAAGCAUGCUUAAACAAUAAAUGCCAAGAUCCUUGUCCAGGAACCUGUGGGCAAAAUGCCAAGUGUCAAGUCAUAAAUCACAAUCCGAUCUGUUCAUGCAGUCCCGGAUUUACUGGUGAUCCAUUCUCAAGGUGUUACGAAAUCCCACGGCAACCUCCAGAACCCAUCAAUGUAUGUGUUCCAUCACCAUGUGGACCCAAUGCUGAGUGUCGAGAUGUUGCUGGAACACCAGCAUGCUCGUGCUUGCCAAACUACAUUGGAACGCCACCAGGAUGUCGACCAGAAUGCACAAUCAAUCCAGAGUGUCCAUCAACAAAAGCUUGUAUGAAUCAACGAUGUGCGGAUCCAUGCCCAGGCUCAUGCGGUACCAACGCCCGAUGCUCUGUCAUUAACCACACACCCAUCUGCACCUGUGAAACUGGAUACACUGGUGAUCCAUUUUCAGGCUGUAUCCUCAGACAAGUGGAAUAUCCCAAGGAAGUCAUAAACCCUUGCCAUCCCAGUCCUUGUGGUGCCAAUGCCGUAUGCAGAGAACAAAAUGGCGCAGGAAGCUGCUCCUGUCUCCCUGAAUAUAUAGGAAAUCCAUAUGAAGGUUGCAGACCCGAAUGUGUUGUAAAUUCUGACUGCCCUUCGAACAGAGCCUGUAUACAAAACAAGUGCCAAGAUCCCUGCCCAGGAACUUGUGGUCAAAAUGCUGAUUGUCAAGUUGUAAAUCAUUCACCCUCCUGCACUUGCCGACCAGGAUAUACUGGCGAUCCGUUCCGCUAUUGCAAUGUCAUCCCUAUUGAAAGAAUCGAAAAUGAAUACGUAAACCCUUGUCAACCAUCCCCUUGCGGUCCUAAUAGUCAAUGUCGCGAAGUGAAUGGACAAGCGGUAUGCUCUUGUCUACCAAAUUAUGUAGGAAGUCCACCAGGUUGUAGACCUGAGUGCGUUGUAAGCUCUGAAUGUCCUUUAGACAAGGCAUGUGUGAAUCAGAAAUGUGUGGACCCUUGCCCAGGAACUUGUGGAACAAAUGCCAAUUGUCGCGUGAACAACCACAGCCCCAUCUGCACAUGCCAAUCAGGAUACACUGGAGAUCCGUUCUCAAGAUGCUACCCAAUACCUCCUCCUCCACAAGAACCCGUUAGAGAAGAGUACCGAGAUCCUUGCAACCCAUCACCCUGUGGUCCAAAUUCACAAUGUCGCGAUAUUAAUGGAUCGCCAUCUUGUUCUUGCCUUGCCACCUAUAUUGGAUCGCCACCUAACUGUAGACCGGAAUGUACAAUCAAUUCCGAAUGCCAGAGCAGUUUAGCAUGUAUUCGGGAGAAAUGUCGAGAUCCUUGUCCUGGAUCUUGUGGCAUUGGCGCCCGAUGCUCCGUAAUAAAUCACACACCGAUCUGUGUAUGUCCGGAAGGAUACACCGGAGAUCCGUUUACGAAUUGUCACCCGGCCCCACCACCACAACCCGUUCUUGAUGAUCCUUGCAACCCAUCUCCGUGUGGUGCUAAUGCACAAUGCCGGGACGGAAUCUGUACUUGUCUUCCUGAAUACCAGGGAGAUCCUUACAGAGGAUGUCGCCCAGAAUGUGUUUUGAAUUCUGAUUGUCCCAGAAACAAGGCUUGUUUGCGCAGUAAAUGUGCCGAUCCUUGUCCUGGAACUUGUGGUUUGAAUGCCAUCUGUGAAGUAAUCAAUCACAUUCCUAUGUGCACUUGUCCCAGCGGAAUGACUGGUAACGCUUUCGUGCAGUGUCGACCCACAGAACCCGUGAUUACAAAUCCUUGCAAUCCCUCACCUUGUGGCCCAAACAGUCAAUGUCGCGAAAUUAAUGGACAAGCCGUAUGCUCAUGUGUAGCGGGAUACAUUGGAAGUCCACCAACAUGUAGACCAGAAUGCGUUGUGAAUUCUGAAUGUGGAUCUAAUGAAGCAUGUCAAAAUCAGAAAUGUAGGGAUCCUUGUCCUGGAACUUGUGGAGUCGGUGCUAAAUGCACCGUUGUGAAUCACAAUCCGAUUUGCAGUUGUCCUCCUCGUUUCACCGGGGAUCCAUUUAUCCGUUGCCAACCAAUAAUUGAAGCACCAGUUGCCAAGGAACCUAUUAACCCAUGCCAACCAUCACCUUGUGGUCCAAAUGCUCAAUGUCAGGCGGUAGGAGAUUCUCCUGCAUGUACAUGCCUACAAGGCUUUAUCGGAUCUCCUCCAAAUUGUAGACCCGAGUGCGUGAGCAACUCUGAAUGUUCGUAUAAUUUGGCAUGUAUAAAUCAGAAAUGUCGAGAUCCUUGUCCAGGAGCUUGUGGUCAAAACGCUGAAUGUCGAGUCGUGAGCCAUGCUCCAAUGUGCGUUUGUAUCGAAGGAUAUAUUGGAGAUCCAUUUACACAAUGCCAAGUUAGACAACAGGACUAUCCAAUAGAACGUCCUACACCCUGCACACCAAGUCCAUGCGGUGCUAAUGCAAUUUGCAGAGAACAGAAUGGAGCUGGAGCUUGUUCUUGUCUUCCGGAAUACAUCGGAAAUCCGUACGAAGGUUGCAGACCUGAGUGCGUUCUCAAUUCAGACUGUCCUUCGAACAGAGCUUGUAUUAGGAGCAAAUGCCAAGAUCCCUGCCCUGGAACUUGUGGUCAGAACGCUGAUUGUCAAGUUGUAAAUCACUUACCAUCUUGUACUUGCCGACCAGGAUAUACUGGCGAUCCAUUCCGCUAUUGUAAUAUUGUCCCACCUGAAAGAAUCGAUAAUGAAUACGUAAACCCUUGUCAACCAUCCCCUUGCGGUCCUAAUAGUCAAUGUCGCGAAGUGAAUGGACAAGCGGUAUGCUCUUGUCUACCAAAUUAUGUAGGAAGUCCACCAGGUUGUAGACCUGAGUGCGUUGUAAGCUCUGAAUGUCCUUUAGACAAGGCAUGUGUGAAUCAGAAAUGUGUGGACCCUUGCCCAGGAACUUGUGGAACAAAUGCCAAUUGUCGCGUGAACAACCACAGUCCCAUCUGCAUAUGUCAAUCAGGAUACACUGGAGAUGCGUUCUCUAGAUGCUACCCAAUACCUCCUCCUCCACAAGAACCCGUUAGAGAAGAGUAUCGAGAUCCUUGCAACCCAUCACCCUGUGGUCCAAAUUCACAAUGUCGCGAUAUUAAUGGAUCGCCAUCUUGUUCUUGCCUUGCCACCUAUAUUGGAUCGCCACCUAACUGUAGACCGGAAUGUACAAUCAAUUCCGAAUGCCAGAGCAGUUUAGCAUGUAUUCGGGAAAAAUGUCGAGAUCCUUGUCCUGGAUCUUGCGGCAUAGGCGCCCGAUGCUCCGUAAUAAAUCACACACCGAUCUGUGUAUGUCCGGAAGGAUACACUGGAGAUCCGUUUACGAAUUGUCACCUGGCCCCACCACCACCAAGAGAACCCGUUCUUGAUGAUCCUUGCAACCCAUCUCCGUGUGGUGCUAAUGCACAAUGCCGGGACGGAAUCUGUACUUGUCUUCCUGAAUACCAGGGAGAUCCUUACAGAGGAUGUCGCCCAGAAUGUGUUUUGAAUUCUGAUUGUCCCAGAAACAAGGCUUGUUUGCGCAGUAAAUGUGCCGAUCCUUGUCCUGGAACUUGUGGUUUGAAUGCCAUCUGUGAAGUAAUCAAUCACAUUCCUAUGUGCACUUGUCCCAGCGGAAUGACUGGUAACGCUUUCGUGCAGUGUCGACAGGAACCAAAACCCGUGAUUACAAAUCCUUGCAAUCCCUCACCUUGUGGCCCAAACAGUCAAUGUCGCGAAAUUAAUGGACAAGCCGUAUGCUCAUGUGUAGCGGGAUACAUUGGAAGUCCACCAACAUGUAGACCAGAAUGCGUUGUGAAUUCUGAAUGUGGAUCUAAUGAAGCAUGUCAAAAUCAGAAAUGUAGGGAUCCUUGUCCUGGAACUUGUGGAGUCGGUGCUAAAUGCACCGUUGUGAAUCACAAUCCGAUUUGCAGUUGUCCUCCUCGUUUCACCGGGGAUCCAUUUAUCCGUUGCCAACCAAUAAUUGCCAAGGAACCUAUUAACCCAUGCCAACCAUCACCUUGUGGUCCAAAUGCUCAAUGUCAGGCGGUAGGAGAUUCUCCUGCAUGUACAUGCCUACAAGGCUUUAUCGGAUCUCCUCCAAAUUGUAGACCCGAGUGCGUGAGCAACUCUGAAUGUUCGUAUAAUUUGGCAUGUAUAAAUCAGAAAUGUCGAGAUCCUUGUCCAGGAGCUUGUGGUCAAAACGCUGAAUGUCGAGUCGUGAGCCAUGCUCCAAUGUGCGUUUGUAUCGAAGGAUAUAUUGGAGAUCCAUUUACACAAUGCCAAGUUAGACAACAGGACUAUCCAAUAGAACGUCCUACACCCUGCACACCAAGUCCAUGCGGUGCUAAUGCAAUUUGCAGAGAACAGAAUGGAGCUGGAGCUUGUUCUUGUCUUCCGGAAUACAUCGGAAAUCCGUACGAAGGUUGCAGACCUGAGUGCGUUCUCAAUUCAGACUGUCCUUCGAACAGAGCUUGUAUUAGGAGCAAAUGCCAAGAUCCCUGCCCUGGAACUUGUGGUCAGAACGCUGAUUGUCAAGUUGUAAAUCACUUACCAUCUUGUACUUGCCGACCAGGAUAUACUGGCGAUCCAUUCCGCUAUUGUAAUAUUGUCCCACCUGAAAGAAUCGAUAAUGAAUACGUAAACCCUUGUCAACCAUCCCCUUGCGGUCCUAAUAGUCAAUGUCGCGAAGUGAAUGGACAAGCGGUAUGCUCUUGUCUACCAAAUUAUGUAGGAAGUCCACCAGGUUGUAGACCUGAGUGCGUUGUAAGCUCUGAAUGUCCUUUAGACAAGGCAUGUGUGAAUCAGAAAUGUGUGGACCCUUGCCCAGGAACUUGUGGAACAAAUGCCAAUUGUCGCGUGAACAACCACAGUCCCAUCUGCAUAUGCCAAUCAGGAUACACUGGAGAUGCGUUCUCUAGAUGCUACCCAAUACCUCCUCCUCCACAAGAACCCGUUAGAGAAGAGUACCGAGAUCCUUGCAACCCAUCACCCUGUGGUCCAAAUUCGCAAUGUCGCGAUAUUAAUGGAUCGCCAUCUUGUUCUUGCCUUGCCACAUAUAUUGGAUCGCCACCUAACUGUAGACCGGAAUGUACAAUCAAUUCCGAAUGCCAGAGCAGUUUAGCAUGUAUUCGGGAAAAAUGUCGAGAUCCUUGUCCUGGAUCUUGUGGCGUAGGCGCCCGAUGCUCCGUAAUAAAUCACACACCUAUCUGUGUAUGUCCGGAAGGAUACACUGGAGAUCCGUUUACGAAUUGUCACCCGGCCCCACCUCCACAACCCGUUCUUGAUGAUCCUUGCAACCCAUCUCCGUGUGGUGCUAAUGCACAAUGCCGGGACGGAAUCUGUACUUGUCUUCCUGAAUACCAGGGAGAUCCUUACAGAGGAUGUCGCCCAGAAUGUGUUUUGAAUUCUGAUUGCCCCAGAAACAAGGCUUGUUUGCGCAGUAAAUGUGCCGAUCCUUGUCCUGGAACUUGUGGUUUGAAUGCCAUCUGUGAAGUAAUCAAUCACAUUCCUAUGUGCACUUGUCCCAGCGGAAUGACUGGUAACGCUUUCGUGCAGUGUCGACAGGAACCAAAACCCGUGAUUACAAAUCCUUGCAAUCCCUCACCUUGUGGCCCAAACAGUCAAUGUCGCGAAAUUAAUGGACAAGCCGUAUGCUCAUGUGUAGCGGGAUACAUUGGAAGUCCACCAACAUGUAGACCAGAAUGCGUUGUGAAUUCUGAAUGUGGAUCUAAUGAAGCAUGUCAAAAUCAGAAAUGUAGGGAUCCUUGUCCUGGAACUUGUGGAGUCGGUGCUAAAUGCACCGUUGUGAAUCACAAUCCGAUUUGCAGUUGUCCUCCUCGUUUCACCGGGGAUCCAUUUAUCCGUUGCCAACCAAUAAUUGAAGCACCAGUUGCCAAGGAACCUAUUAACCCAUGCCAACCAUCACCUUGUGGUCCAAAUGCUCAAUGUCAGGCGGUAGGAGAUUCUCCUGCAUGUACAUGCCUACAAGGCUUUAUCGGAUCUCCUCCAAAUUGUAGACCCGAGUGCGUGAGCAACUCUGAAUGUUCGUAUAAUUUGGCAUGUAUAAAUCAGAAAUGUCGAGAUCCUUGUCCAGGAGCUUGUGGUCAAAACGCUGAAUGUCGAGUCGUGAGCCAUGCUCCAAUGUGCGUUUGUAUCGAAGGAUAUAUUGGAGAUCCAUUUACACAAUGCCAAGUUAGACAACAGGACUAUCCAAUAGAACGUCCUACACCCUGCACACCAAGUCCAUGCGGUGCUAAUGCAAUUUGCAGAGAACAGAAUGGAGCUGGAGCUUGUUCUUGUCUUCCGGAAUACAUCGGAAAUCCGUACGAAGGUUGCAGACCUGAGUGCGUUCUCAAUUCAGACUGUCCUUCGAACAGAGCUUGUAUUAGGAGCAAAUGCCAAGAUCCCUGCCCUGGAACUUGUGGUCAGAACGCUGAUUGUCAAGUUGUAAAUCACUUACCAUCUUGUACUUGCCGACCAGGAUAUACUGGCGAUCCAUUCCGCUAUUGUAAUAUUGUCCCACCUGAAAGAAUCGAAAAUGAAUACGUAAACCCUUGUCAACCAUCCCCUUGCGGUCCUAAUAGUCAAUGUCGCGAAGUGAAUGGACAAGCGGUAUGCUCUUGUCUACCAAAUUAUGUAGGAAGUCCACCAGGUUGUAGACCUGAGUGCGUUGUAAGCUCUGAAUGUCCCUUAGACAAGGCAUGUGUGAAUCAGAAAUGUGUGGACCCUUGCCCAGGAACUUGUGGAACAAAUGCCAAUUGUCGCGUGAACAACCACAGUCCCAUCUGCAUAUGCCAAUCAGGAUACACUGGAGAUGCGUUCUCUAGAUGCUACCCAAUACCUCCUCCUCCACAAGAACCCGUUAGAGAAGAGUACCGAGAUCCUUGCAACCCAUCACCCUGUGGUCCAAAUUCGCAAUGUCGCGAUAUUAAUGGAUCGCCAUCUUGUUCUUGCCUUGCCACAUAUAUUGGAUCGCCACCUAACUGUAGACCGGAAUGUACAAUCAAUUCCGAAUGCCAGAGCAGUUUAGCAUGUAUUCGGGAAAAAUGUCGAGAUCCUUGUCCUGGAUCUUGUGGCGUAGGCGCCCGAUGCUCCGUAAUAAAUCACACACCUAUCUGUGUAUGUCCGGAAGGAUACACUGGAGAUCCGUUUACGAAUUGUCACCCGGCCCCACCUCCACCAAGAGAACCCGUUCUUGAUGAUCCUUGCAACCCAUCUCCGUGUGGUGCUAAUGCACAAUGCCGGGACGGAAUCUGUACUUGUCUUCCUGAAUACCAGGGAGAUCCUUACAGAGGAUGUCGCCCAGAAUGUGUUUUGAAUUCUGAUUGUCCCAGAAACAAGGCUUGUUUGCGCAGUAAAUGUGCCGAUCCUUGUCCUGGAACUUGUGGUUUGAAUGCCAUCUGUGAAGUAAUCAAUCACAUUCCUAUGUGCACUUGUCCCAGCGGAAUGACUGGUAACGCUUUCGUGCAGUGUCGACAGGAACCAACACCCGUUAUUACAAAUCCUUGCAAUCCCUCACCUUGUGGUCCAAACAGUCAAUGUCGCGAAAUUAAUGGACAAGCCGUAUGCUCAUGUGUAGCGGGAUACAUUGGAAGUCCACCAACAUGUAGACCAGAAUGCGUUGUGAAUUCUGAAUGUGGAUCUAAUGAAGCAUGUCAAAAUCAGAAAUGUAGGGAUCCUUGUCCUGGAACUUGUGGAGUCGGUGCUAAAUGCACCGUUGUGAAUCACAAUCCGAUUUGCAGUUGUCCUCCUCGUUUCACCGGGGAUCCAUUUAUCCGUUGCCAACCAAUAAGUAAGAUACAAUAUCCCGAUAUCGAACCCAUUAACCCAUGCCAACCAUCACCUUGUGGUCCAAAUGCUCAAUGUCAGGCAGUAGGAGAUGCUCCUUCUUGCACAUGCCUACAAGGCUUUAUCGGAUCUCCUCCAAAUUGUAGACCCGAGUGCGUGAGCAACUCUGAAUGUUCGUAUAAUUUGGCAUGUAUAAAUCAGAAAUGUCGAGAUCCUUGUCCAGGAGCUUGUGGUCAAAACGCUGAAUGUCGAGUUGUGAGCCAUGCUCCAAUGUGCGUUUGUAUCGAAGGAUAUAUUGGAGAUCCAUUUACACAAUGCCAAGUUAGACAACAGGACUAUCCAAUAGAACGUCCUACACCCUGCACACCAAGUCCAUGCGGUGCUAAUGCAAUUUGCAGAGAACAGAAUGGAGCUGGAGCUUGUUCUUGUCUUCCGGAAUACAUCGGAAAUCCGUACGAAGGUUGCAGACCUGAGUGCGUUCUCAAUUCAGACUGUCCUUCGAACAGGGCUUGUAUUAGGAGCAAAUGCCAAGAUCCCUGCCCUGGAACUUGUGGUCAGAACGCUGAUUGUCAAGUUGUAAAUCACUUACCAUCUUGUACUUGCCGACCAGGAUAUACUGGCGAUCCAUUCCGCUAUUGUAAUAUUGUCCCACCUGAAAGAAUCGAAAAUGAAUACGUAAACCCUUGUCAACCAUCCCCUUGCGGUCCUAAUAGUCAAUGUCGCGAAGUGAAUGGACAAGCGGUAUGCUCUUGUCUACCAAAUUAUGUAGGAAGUCCACCAGGUUGUAGACCUGAGUGCGUUGUAAGCUCUGAAUGUCCCUUAGACAAGGCAUGUGUGAAUCAGAAAUGUGUGGACCCUUGCCCAGGAACUUGUGGAACAAAUGCCAAUUGUCGCGUGAACAACCACAGUCCCAUCUGCAUAUGCCAAUCAGGAUACACUGGAGAUGCCUUCUCUAGAUGCUACCCAAUACCUCGUAAGACCUUUGACAAUAUCUCGCAUAGAUGCUCUUCUCAAUCCCAUUGUUUUGUAGCUCCUCCACAAGAACCCGUUAGAGAAGAGUACCGAGAUCCUUGCAACCCAUCACCCUGUGGUCCAAAUUCGCAAUGUCGCGAUAUUAAUGGAUCGCCAUCUUGUUCUUGCCUUGCCACAUAUAUUGGAUCGCCACCUAACUGUAGACCGGAAUGUACAAUCAAUUCCGAAUGCCAGAGCAGUUUAGCAUGUAUUCGGGAAAAAUGUCGAGAUCCUUGUCCUGGAUCUUGUGGUAUAGGCGCCCGAUGCUCCGUAAUAAAUCACACACCUAUCUGUGUAUGUCCGGAAGGAUACACUGGAGAUCCGUUUACGAAUUGUCACCCGGCCCCACCUCCACCAAGAGAACCCGUUCUUGAUGAUCCUUGCAACCCAUCUCCGUGUGGUGCUAAUGCACAAUGCCGGGACGGAAUCUGUACUUGUCUUCCUGAAUACCAGGGAGAUCCUUACAGAGGAUGUCGCCCAGAAUGUGUUUUGAAUUCUGAUUGUCCCAGAAACAAGGCUUGUUUGCGCAGUAAAUGUGCCGAUCCUUGUCCUGGAACUUGUGGUUUGAAUGCCAUCUGUGAAGUAAUCAACCACAUUCCUAUGUGCACUUGUCCCAGCGGAAUGACUGGUAACGCCUUCGUGCAGUGUCGACAGGAGCCAACACCCGUUAUUACAAAUCCUUGCAAUCCCUCACCUUGUGGUCCAAACAGUCAAUGUCGCGAAAUUAAUGGACAAGCCGUAUGCUCAUGUGUAGCGGGAUACAUUGGAAGUCCACCAACAUGUAGACCAGAAUGCGUUGUGAAUUCUGAAUGUGGAUCUAAUGAAGCAUGUCAAAAUCAGAAAUGUAGGGAUCCUUGUCCUGGAACUUGUGGAGUCGGUGCUAAAUGCACCGUUGUGAAUCACAAUCCGAUUUGCAGUUGUCCUCCUCGUUUCACCGGGGAUCCAUUUAUCCGUUGCCAACCAAUAAGUAAGAUACAAUAUCCCGAUAUCGAACCCAUUAACCCAUGCCAACCAUCACCUUGUGGUCCAAAUGCUCAAUGUCAGGCAGUAGGAGAUGCUCCUUCUUGCACAUGUCUACAAGGCUUUAUCGGAUCUCCACCAAAUUGUAGACCCGAGUGCGUGAGCAACUCUGAAUGUUUGUAUAAUUUGGCAUGUAUAAAUCAGAAAUGUCGAGAUCCUUGUCCAGGAGCUUGUGGUCAAAACGCUAAAUGUCGAGUUGUGAGCCAUGCUCCAAUGUGCAUUUGUGUCGAAGGACAUAUUGGAGAUCCAUUUACACAAUGUCAAGUUAGACAACAGGAUUAUCCAGUUGAACACGCAACUCCUUGUAUUCCAAGCCCAUGCGGUGCUAAUGCAAUUUGCAGAGAACAGAAUGGAGCUGGAGCUUGUUCUUGUCUUCCGGAAUAUAUCGGAAAUCCCUACGAAGGUUGCAGACCUGAGUGCGUUCUCAAUUCAGACUGUCCUUCGAACAGGGCUUGUAUUAGGAGCAAAUGCCAAGAUCCCUGCCCUGGAACUUGUGGUCAGAACGCUGAUUGUCAAGUUGUAAAUCACUUACCAUCUUGUACUUGCCGACCAGGAUAUACUGGCGAUCCAUUCCGCUAUUGUAAUAUUGUCCCACCCGAAAGAAUCGAAAAUGAAUACGUAAACCCUUGUCAACCAUCCCCUUGCGGUCCUAAUAGUCAAUGUCGCGAAGUGAAUGGACAAGCGGUAUGCUCUUGUCUACCAAAUUAUGUAGGAAGUCCACCAGGUUGUAGACCUGAGUGCGUUGUAAGCUCUGAAUGUCCCUUAGACAAGGCAUGUGUGAAUCAGAAAUGUGUGGACCCUUGCCCAGGAACUUGUGGAACAAAUGCCAAUUGUCGCGUGAAUAACCACAGUCCCAUCUGCAUAUGCCAAUCAGGAUACACUGGAGAUGCGUUCUCAAGAUGCUACCCAAUACCUCCUCCUCCACAAGAACCCGUUAGAGAAGAGUAUCGAGAUCCUUGCAACCCAUCACCCUGUGGUCCAAAUUCGCAAUGUCGCGAUAUAAAUGGAUCGCCAUCUUGUUCUUGCCUUGCCACCUAUAUUGGAUCGCCACCUAACUGUAGACCGGAAUGUACGAUAAAUUCCGAAUGCCAGAGCAGUUUAGCAUGUAUUCGGGAAAAAUGUCGAGAUCCUUGUCCUGGAUCUUGUGGUAUAGGCGCCCGAUGCUCCGUAAUAAAUCACACACCUAUCUGUGUAUGUCCGGAAGGAUACACUGGAGAUCCGUUUACGAAUUGUCACCCGGCCCCACCUCCACCAAGAGAACCCGUUCUUGAUGAUCCUUGCAACCCAUCUCCGUGUGGUGCUAAUGCACAAUGCCGGGACGGAAUCUGUACUUGUCUUCCUGAAUACCAGGGAGAUCCUUACAGAGGAUGUCGCCCAGAAUGUGUUUUGAAUUCUGAUUGUCCUAGAAACAAGGCUUGUUUACGCAGUAAAUGUGCCGAUCCUUGUCCUGGAACUUGUGGUUUGAAUGCCAUCUGUGAAGUAAUCAACCACAUUCCUAUGUGCACUUGUCCCACCGGAAUGACUGGUAACGCUUUCGUGCAGUGUCGACAGGAGCCAACACCCGUGAUUACAAAUCCUUGCAAUCCCUCACCUUGUGGUCCAAACAGUCAAUGUCGCGAAAUUAAUGGGCAAGCCGUAUGCUCAUGUGUUGCGGGAUACAUUGGAAGUCCACCAACAUGUAGACCAGAAUGCGUUGUGAAUUCUGAAUGUGGAUCUAAUGAAGCAUGUCAAAAUCAGAAAUGUAGGGAUCCUUGUCCUGGAACUUGUGGAGUCGGUGCUAAAUGCACCGUUGUGAAUCACAAUCCGAUUUGCAGUUGUCCUCCUCGUUUCACCGGGGAUCCAUUUAUCCGUUGCCAACCAAUAAGUAAGAUACAAUAUCCCGAUAUCGAACCCAUUAACCCAUGCCAACCAUCACCUUGUGGUCCAAAUGCUCAAUGUCAGGCAGUAGGAGAUGCUCCUUCUUGCACAUGUCUACAAGGCUUUAUCGGAUCUCCACCAAAUUGUAGACCCGAGUGCGUGAGCAACUCUGAAUGUUCGUAUAAUUUGGCAUGUAUAAAUCAGAAAUGUCGAGAUCCUUGUCCAGGAGCUUGUGGUCAAAACGCUGAAUGUCGAGUUGUGAGCCAUGCUCCAAUGUGCAUUUGUGUCGAAGGAUAUAUUGGAGAUCCAUUUACACAAUGUCAAGUUAGACAACAGGAUUAUCCAGUUGAACACGCAACUCCUUGUAUUCCAAGCCCAUGCGGUGCUAAUGCAAUUUGCAGAGAACAGAAUGGAGCUGGAGCUUGUUCUUGUCUUCCGGAAUAUAUCGGAAAUCCCUACGAAGGUUGCAGACCUGAGUGCGUUCUCAAUUCAGACUGUCUUUCGAACAGGGCUUGUAUUAGGAGCAAAUGCCAAGAUCCCUGCCCUGGAACUUGUGGUCAGAACGCUGAUUGUCAAGUUGUAAAUCACUUACCAUCUUGUACUUGCCGACCAGGAUAUACUGGCGAUCCAUUCCGCUAUUGUAAUAUUGUCCCACCUGAAAGAAUCGAAAAUGAAUACGUAAACCCUUGUCAACCAUCCCCUUGCGGUCCUAAUAGUCAAUGUCGCGAAGUGAAUGGACAAGCGGUAUGCUCUUGUCUACCAAAUUAUGUAGGAAGUCCACCAGGUUGUAGACCUGAGUGCGUUGUAAGCUCUGAAUGUCCCUUAGACAAGGCAUGUGUGAAUCAGAAAUGUGUGGACCCUUGCCCAGGAACUUGUGGAACAAAUGCCAAUUGUCGCGUGAACAACCACAGCCCCAUCUGCACAUGCCAAUCAGGAUACACUGGAGAUCCGUUCUCAAGAUGCUACCCAAUACCUCCUCCUCCACAAGAACCCGUUAGAGAAGAGUAUCGAGAUCCUUGCAACCCAUCACCCUGUGGUCCAAAUUCGCAAUGUCGCGAUAUUAAUGGAUCGCCAUCUUGUUCUUGCCUUGCCACCUAUAUUGGAUCGCCACCUAACUGUAGACCGGAAUGUACAAUCAAUUCCGAAUGCCAGAGCAGUUUAGCAUGUAUUCGGGAAAAAUGUCGAGAUCCUUGUCCUGGAUCUUGCGGCAUAGGCGCCCGAUGCUCCGUAAUAAAUCACACACCGACCUGUGUAUGUCCGGAAGGAUACACUGGAGAUCCGUUUACGAAUUGUCACCCGGCCCCACCUCCACCAAGAGAACCCGUUCUUGAUGAUCCUUGCAACCCAUCUCCGUGUGGUGCUAAUGCAAAAUGCCGGGACGGAAUCUGUACUUGUCUUCCUGAAUACCAGGGAGAUCCUUACAGAGGAUGUCGCCCAGAAUGUGUUUUGAAUUCUGAUUGUCCCAGAAACAAGGCUUGUUUGCGCAGUAAAUGUGCCGAUCCUUGUCCUGGAACUUGUGGUUUGAAUGCCAUCUGUGAAGUAAUCAACCACAUUCCUAUGUGCACUUGUCCCAGCGGAAUGACUGGUAACGCUUUCGUGCAGUGUCGACAGGAGCCAACACCCGUGAUUACAAAUCCUUGCAAUCCCUCACCUUGUGGUCCAAACAGUCAAUGUCGCGAAAUUAAUGGACAAGCCGUAUGCUCAUGUGUUGCGGGAUACAUUGGAAGUCCACCAACAUGUAGACCAGAAUGCGUUGUGAAUUCUGAAUGUGGAUCUAAUGAAGCAUGUCAAAAUCAGAAAUGUAGGGAUCCUUGUCCUGGAACUUGUGGAGUCGGUGCUAAAUGCACCGUUGUGAAUCACAAUCCGAUUUGCAGUUGUCCUCCUCGUUUCACCGGGGAUCCAUUUAUCCGUUGCCAACCAAUAAUUGAAACUCCAGUGGUUCAGGAACCCAUUAACCCAUGCCAACCAUCACCUUGUGGUCCAAAUGCUCAAUGUCAGGCAGUAGGAGAUGCUCCUUCUUGCACAUGUCUACAAGGCUUUAUCGGAUCUCCUCCAAAUUGUAGACCCGAGUGCGUGAGCAACUCUGAAUGUUCGUAUAAUUUGGCAUGUAUAAAUCAGAAAUGUCGAGAUCCUUGUCCAGGAGCUUGUGGUCAAAACGCUGAAUGUCGAGUUGUGAGCCAUGCUCCAAUGUGCAUUUGUGUCGAAGGAUAUAUUGGAGAUCCAUUUACACAAUGUCAAGUUAGACAACAGGAUUAUCCAGUUGAACACGCAACUCCUUGUAUUCCAAGCCCAUGCGGUGCUAAUGCAAUUUGCAGAGAACAGAAUGGAGCUGGAGCUUGUUCUUGUCUUCCGGAAUAUAUCGGAAAUCCCUACGAAGGUUGCAGACCUGAGUGCGUUCUCAAUUCAGACUGUCCUUCGAACAGGGCUUGUAUUAGGAGCAAAUGCCAAGAUCCCUGCCCUGGAACUUGUGGUCAGAACGCUGAUUGUCAAGUUGUAAAUCACUUACCAUCUUGUACUUGCCGACCAGGAUAUACUGGCGAUCCAUUCCGCUAUUGUAAUAUUGUCCCACCCGAAAGAAUCGAAAAUGAAUACGUAAACCCUUGUCAACCAUCCCCUUGCGGUCCUAAUAGUCAAUGUCGCGAAGUGAAUGGACAAGCGGUAUGCUCUUGUCUACCAAAUUAUGUAGGAAGUCCACCAGGUUGUAGACCUGAGUGCGUUGUAAGCUCUGAAUGUCCCUUAGACAAGGCAUGUGUGAAUCAGAAAUGUGUGGACCCUUGCCCAGGAGCUUGUGGAACAAAUGCCAAUUGUCGCGUGAACAACCACAGCCCCAUCUGCACAUGCCAAUCAGGAUACACUGGAGAUCCGUUCUCAAGAUGCUACCCAAUACCUCCUCCUCCACAAGAACCCGUUAGAGAAGAGUAUCGAGAUCCUUGCAACCCAUCACCCUGUGGUCCAAAUUCGCAAUGUCGCGAUAUUAAUGGAUCGCCAUCUUGUUCUUGCCUUGCCACCUAUAUUGGAUCGCCACCUAACUGUAGACCGGAAUGUACAAUCAAUUCCGAAUGCCAGAGCAGUUUAGCAUGUAUUCGGGAAAAAUGUCGAGAUCCUUGUCCUGGAUCUUGCGGCAUAGGCGCCCGAUGCUCCGUAAUAAAUCACACACCGAUCUGUGUAUGUCCGGAAGGAUACACUGGAGAUCCGUUUACGAAUUGUCACCCGGCCCCACCUCCACCAAGAGAACCCGUUCUUGAUGAUCCUUGCAACCCAUCUCCAUGUGGUGCUAAUGCACAAUGCCGGGACGGAAUCUGUACUUGUCUUCCUGAAUACCAGGGAGAUCCUUACAGAGGAUGUCGCCCAGAAUGUGUUUUGAAUUCUGAUUGUCCCAGAAACAAGGCUUGUUUGCGCAGUAAAUGUGCCGAUCCUUGUCCUGGAACUUGUGGUUUGAAUGCCAUCUGUGAAGUAAUCAACCACAUUCCUAUGUGCACUUGUCCCAGCGGAAUGACUGGUAACGCUUUCGUGCAGUGUCGACAGGAGCCAACACCCGUGAUUACAAAUUCUUGCAAUCCCUCACCUUGUGGUCCAAACAGUCAAUGUCGCGAAAUUAAUGGACAAGCCGUAUGCUCAUGUGUUGCGGGAUACAUUGGAAGUCCACCAACAUGUAGACCAGAAUGCGUUGUGAAUUCUGAAUGUGGAUCUAAUGAAGCAUGUCAAAAUCAGAAAUGUAGGGAUCCUUGUCCUGGAACUUGUGGAGUCGGUGCUAAAUGCACCGUUGUGAAUCACAAUCCGAUUUGCAGUUGUCCUCCUCGUUUCACCGGGGAUCCAUUUAUCCGUUGCCAACCAAUAAUUGAAACUCCAGUGGUUCAGGAACCCAUUAACCCAUGCCAACCAUCACCUUGUGGUCCAAAUGCUCAAUGUCAGGCAGUAGGAGAUGCUCCUUCUUGCACAUGUCUACAAGGCUUUAUCGGAUCUCCACCAAAUUGUAGACCCGAGUGCGUGAGCAACUCUGAAUGUUCGUAUAAUUUGGCAUGUAUAAAUCAGAAAUGUCGAGAUCCUUGUCCAGGAGCUUGUGGUCAAAACGCUGAAUGUCGAGUUGUGAGCCAUGCUCCAAUGUGCAUUUGUGUCGAAGGAUAUAUUGGAGAUCCAUUUACACAAUGUCAAGUUAGACAACAGGAUUAUCCAGUUGAACACGCAACUCCUUGUAUUCCAAGCCCAUGCGGUGCUAAUGCAAUUUGCAGAGAACAGAAUGGAGCUGGAGCUUGUUCUUGUCUUCCGGAAUAUAUCGGAAAUCCCUACGAAGGUUGCAGACCUGAGUGCGUUCUCAAUUCAGACUGUCCUUCGAACAGGGCUUGUAUUAGGAGCAAAUGCCAAGAUCCCUGCCCUGGAACUUGUGGUCAGAACGCUGAUUGUCAAGUUGUAAAUCACUUACCAUCUUGUACUUGCCGACCAGGAUAUACUGGCGAUCCAUUCCGCUAUUGUAAUAUUGUCCCACCCGAAAGAAUCGAAAAUGAAUACGUAAACCCUUGUCAACCAUCCCCUUGCGGUCCUAAUAGUCAAUGUCGCGAAGUGAAUGGACAAGCGGUAUGCUCUUGUCUACCAAAUUAUGUAGGAAGUCCACCAGGUUGUAGACCUGAGUGCGUUGUAAGCUCUGAAUGUCCCUUAGACAAGGCAUGUGUGAAUCAGAAAUGUGUGGACCCUUGCCCAGGAACUUGUGGAACAAAUGCCAAUUGUCACGUGAACAACCACAGUCCCAUCUGCAUAUGCCAAUCAGGAUACACUGGAGAUCCGUUCUCAAGAUGCUACCCAAUACCUCAACCCGUUAGAGAAGAAUACCGAGAUCCUUGCAAACCAUCACCCUGUGGUCCAAAUUCGCAAUGUCGCGAUAUUAAUGGAUCGCCAUCUUGUUCUUGCCUUGCCACCUAUAUUGGAUCGCCACCUAACUGUAGACCGGAAUGUACAAUCAAUUCCGAAUGCCAGAGCAGUUUAGCAUGUAUUCGGGAAAAAUGUCGAGAUCCUUGUCCUGGAUCUUGUGGCGUAGGCGCCCGAUGCUCCGUAAUAAAUCACACACCGAUCUGUGUAUGUCCGGAAGGAUACACCGGAGAUCCGUUUACGAAUUGUCACCCGGCCCCACCUCCACCAAGAGAACCCGUUCUUGAUGAUCCCUGCAACCCAUCUCCGUGUGGUGCUAAUGCACAAUGCCGGGACGGAAUCUGUACUUGUCUUCCUGAAUACCAGGGAGAUCCUUACAGAGGAUGUCGCCCAGAAUGUGUUUUGAAUUCUGAUUGUCCCAGAAACAAGGCUUGUUUACGCAGUAAAUGUGCCGAUCCUUGUCCUGGAACUUGUGGUUUGAAUGCCAUCUGUGAAGUAAUCAACCACAUUCCUAUGUGCACUUGUCCCAGCGGAAUGACUGGUAACGCUUUCGUGCAGUGUCGACAGGAGCCAAGUAAAGCACCCGUGAUUACAAAUCCUUGCAAUCCCUCACCUUGUGGUCCAAACAGUCAAUGUCGCGAAAUUAAUGGACAAGCCGUAUGCUCAUGUGUUGCGGGAUACAUUGGAAGUCCACCAACAUGUAGACCAGAAUGCGUUGUGAAUUCUGAAUGUGGAUCUAAUGAAGCAUGUCAAAAUCAGAAAUGUAGGGAUCCUUGUCCUGGAACUUGUGGAGUCGGUGCUAAAUGCACCGUUGUGAAUCACAAUCCGAUUUGCAGUUGUCCUCCUCGUUUCACCGGGGAUCCAUUUAUCCGUUGCCAACCAAUAAUUGAAACUCCAGUGGUUCAGGAACCCAUUAACCCAUGCCAACCAUCACCUUGUGGUCCAAAUGCUCAAUGUCAGGCAGUAGGAGAUGCUCCUUCUUGCACAUGUCUACAAGGCUUUAUCGGAUCUCCACCAAAUUGUAGACCCGAGUGCGUGAGCAACUCUGAAUGUUCGUAUAAUUUGGCAUGUAUAAAUCAGAAAUGUCGAGAUCCUUGUCCAGGAGCUUGUGGUCAAAACGCUGAAUGUCGAGUUGUGAGCCAUGCUCCAAUGUGCAUUUGUGUCGAAGGAUAUAUUGGAGAUCCAUUUACACAAUGUCAAGUUAGACAACAGGAUUAUCCAGUUGAACACGCAACUCCUUGUAUUCCAAGCCCAUGUGGUGCUAAUGCAAUUUGCAGAGAACAGAAUGGAGCUGGAGCUUGUUCUUGUCUUCCGGAAUAUAUCGGAAAUCCCUACGAAGGUUGCAGACCUGAGUGCGUUCUCAAUUCAGACUGUCCUUCGAACAGGGCUUGUAUUAGGAGCAAAUGCCAAGAUCCCUGCCCUGGAACUUGUAGUCAGAACGCUGAUUGUCAAGUUGUAAAUCACUUACCAUCUUGUACUUGCCGACCAGGAUAUACUGGCGAUCCAUUCCGCUAUUGUAAUAUUGUCCCACCCGAAAGAAUCGAAAAUGAAUACGUAAACCCUUGUCAACCAUCCCCUUGCGGUCCUAAUAGUCAAUGUCGCGAAGUGAAUGGACAAGCGGUAUGCUCUUGUCUACCAAAUUAUGUAGGAAGUCCACCAGGUUGUAGACCUGAGUGCGUUGUAAGCUCUGAAUGUCCCUUAGACAAGGCAUGUGUGAAUCAGAAAUGUGUGGACCCUUGCCCAGGAACUUGUGGAACAAAUGCCAAUUGUCACGUGAACAACCACAGUCCCAUCUGCAUAUGCCAAUCAGGAUACACUGGAGAUCCGUUCUCAAGAUGCUACCCAAUACCUCCUCCUCCACAAGAACCCGUUAGAGAAGAGUAUCGAGAUCCUUGCAACCCAUCACCCUGUGGUCCAAAUUCGCAAUGUCGCGAUAUUAAUGGAUCGCCAUCUUGUUCUUGCCUUGCCACAUAUAUUGGAUCGCCACCUAACUGUAGACCGGAAUGUACAAUCAAUUCCGAAUGCCAGAGCAGUUUAGCAUGUAUUCGGGAAAAAUGUCGAGAUCCUUGUCCUGGAUCUUGUGGCGUAGGCGCCCGAUGCUCCGUAAUAAAUCACACACCGAUCUGUGUAUGUCCGGAAGGAUACACCGGAGAUCCGUUUACGAAUUGUCACCCGGCCCCACCACCACCAAGAGAACCCGUUCUUGAUGAUCCCUGCAACCCAUCUCCGUGUGGUGCUAAUGCACAAUGCCGGGACGGAAUCUGUACUUGUCUUCCUGAAUACCAGGGAGAUCCUUACAGAGGAUGUCGCCCAGAAUGUGUUUUGAAUUCUGAUUGUCCCAGAAACAAGGCUUGUUUGCGCAGUAAAUGUGCCGAUCCUUGUCCUGGAACUUGUGGUUUGAAUGCCAUCUGUGAAGUAAUCAACCACAUUCCUAUGUGCACUUGUCCCAGCGGAAUGACUGGUAACGCUUUCGUGCAGUGUCGACAGGAGCCAAGUAAAUUCCUAUUAAAUAAUUUCACCCUGAAUUCUUUAUCUGAAACGUUCUUUUCUUUUUCUUCAAUUAAAUGUUCCACAGCACCCGUGAUUACAAAUCCUUGCAAUCCCUCACCUUGUGGCCCAAACAGUCAAUGUCGCGAAAUUAAUGGACAAGCCGUAUGCUCAUGUGUUGCGGGAUACAUUGGAAGUCCACCAACAUGUAGACCAGAAUGCGUUGUGAAUUCUGAAUGUGGAUCUAAUGAAGCAUGUCAAAAUCAGAAAUGUAGGGAUCCUUGUCCUGGAACUUGUGGAGUCGGUGCUAAAUGCACCGUUGUGAAUCACAAUCCGAUUUGCAGUUGUCCUCCUCGUUUCACCGGGGAUCCAUUUAUCCGUUGCCAACCAAUAAUUGAAACUCCAGUGGUUCAGGAACCCAUUAACCCAUGCCAACCAUCACCUUGUGGUCCAAAUGCUCAAUGUCAGGCAGUAGGAGAUGCUCCUUCUUGCACAUGUCUACAAGGCUUUAUCGGAUCUCCACCAAAUUGUAGACCCGAGUGCGUGAGCAACUCUGAAUGUUCGUAUAAUUUGGCAUGUAUAAAUCAGAAAUGUCGAGAUCCUUGUCCAGGAGCUUGUGGUCAAAACGCUGAAUGUCGAGUUGUGAGCCAUGCUCCAAUGUGCAUUUGUGUCGAAGGAUAUAUUGGAGAUCCAUUUACACAAUGUCAAGUUAGACAACAGGAUUAUCCAGUUGAACACGCAACUCCUUGUAUUCCAAGCCCAUGCGGUGCUAAUGCAAUUUGCAGAGAACAGAAUGGAGCUGGAGCUUGUUCUUGUCUUCCGGAAUAUAUCGGAAAUCCCUACGAAGGUUGCAGACCUGAGUGCGUUCUCAAUUCAGACUGUCCUUCGAACAGGGCUUGUAUUAGGAGCAAAUGCCAAGAUCCCUGCCCUGGAACUUGUGGUCAGAACGCUGAUUGUCAAGUUGUAAAUCACUUACCAUCUUGUACUUGCCGACCAGGAUAUACUGGCGAUCCAUUCCGCUAUUGUAAUAUUGUCCCACCUGAAAGAAUCGAAAAUGAAUACGUAAACCCUUGUCAACCAUCCCCUUGCGGUCCUAAUAGUCAAUGUCGCGAAGUGAAUGGACAAGCGGUAUGCUCUUGUCUACCAAAUUAUGUAGGAAGUCCACCAGGUUGUAGACCUGAGUGCGUUGUAAGCUCUGAAUGUCCCUUAGACAAGGCAUGUGUGAAUCAGAAAUGUGUGGACCCUUGCCCAGGAACUUGUGGAACAAAUGCCAAUUGUCACGUGAACAACCACAGUCCCAUCUGCAUAUGCCAAUCAGGAUACACUGGAGAUCCGUUCUCAAGAUGCUACCCAAUACCUCCUCCUCCACAAGAACCCGUUAGAGAAGAGUAUCGAGAUCCUUGCAACCCAUCACCCUGUGGUCCAAAUUCGCAAUGUCGCGAUAUUAAUGGAUCGCCAUCUUGUUCUUGCCUUGCCACAUAUAUUGGAUCGCCACCUAACUGUAGACCGGAAUGUACAAUCAAUUCCGAAUGCCAGAGCAGUUUAGCAUGUAUUCGGGAAAAAUGUCGAGAUCCUUGUCCUGGAUCUUGUGGCGUAGGCGCCCGAUGCUCCGUAAUAAAUCACACACCUAUCUGUGUAUGUCCGGAAGGAUACACUGGAGAUCCGUUUACGAAUUGUCACCCGGCCCCACCUCCACCAAGAGAACCCGUUCUUGAUGAUCCUUGCAACCCAUCUCCGUGUGGUGCUAAUGCACAAUGCCGGGACGGAAUCUGUACUUGUCUUCCUGAAUACCAGGGAGAUCCUUACAGAGGAUGUCGCCCAGAAUGUGUUUUGAAUUCUGAUUGUCCCAGAAACAAGGCUUGUUUGCGCAGUAAAUGUGCCGAUCCUUGUCCUGGAACUUGUGGUUUGAAUGCCAUCUGUGAAGUAAUCAACCACAUUCCUAUGUGCACUUGUCCCAGCGGAAUGACUGGUAACGCUUUCGUGCAGUGUCGACAGGAACCAACACCCGUUAUUACAAAUCCUUGCAAUCCCUCACCUUGUGGUCCAAACAGUCAAUGUCGCGAAAUUAAUGGACAAGCCGUAUGCUCAUGUGUUGCGGGAUACAUUGGAAGUCCACCAACAUGCAGACCAGAAUGCGUUGUGAAUUCUGAAUGUGGAUCUAAUGAAGCAUGUCAAAAUCAGAAAUGUAGGGAUCCUUGUCCUGGAACUUGUGGAGUCGGAACUAAAUGCACUGUUGUGAAUCACAAUCCGAUUUGCAGUUGUCCUCCUCGUUUCACCGGGGAUCCAUUUAUCCGUUGUCAACCAAUAAAACCUCCACCAAAGAUUGAGUAUAUAGACCCCUGUGUGCCCUCUCCAUGUGGCUUCAAUUCGAGAUGUGAAGUUGUUGAUGGUAGUGCAUCUUGUGCAUGCCUUGAAGGAUAUUUUGGUGCACCGCCAAACUGUCGCCCUGAGUGUGUGACUAAUUCAGAAUGUUCUAGUCAAUUAGCUUGCAUAAACCAGAAAUGUCAAGACCCAUGUAUUGACAUUUGUGGAUCGGGUGCUGAGUGUCGAGCCGCUCUUCACUCAGCUAAUUGCUAUUGUCCUCAAGGUUACACUGGCAAUCCUUUCUAUCAAUGUAUACAAAUACGAGAGGAACCAACACCGCCUCCGAAAGUUCCAACACCGUGCCAACCUUCUCCUUGUGGAAUAAAUGCUCGAUGCCGUGUUGAGGGUAUCAAUGAAGUUUGUGAGUGCAUUCCGGAGUAUCAUGGAAAUCCGUAUGAAGGAUGUCGCCCUGAGUGUGUUGGAAAUUCUGAAUGUCCCAUGAAUAGGGCUUGUAUUCGCAACAAGUGUGUGGAUCCUUGUCCAGGAACAUGUGGUGUUGAAGCUGAAUGUUCAGUAACAAAUCAUAUUCCCAUUUGUACUUGUCCUCCAGGAACAACUGGAGAUGCAUUCCGUCAGUGUAUUCGAACACCAGAAAGGGUUGAUCAAGUAGAGACACGAGAUCCGUGCUACCCAUCUCCCUGCGGUCUUAACACUUUGUGCCGCAGAGCUGGAGAAAAUGCUCACUGUGAGUGUCUCAGUGGAUACUUUGGAAAUCCAUUUGGUACUGGAUGUCGCCCUGAGUGUACGAUAAAUUCUGACUGUGCUCGGAAUUUGGCUUGUAUCAACACAAAAUGUGUUGAUCCUUGUCCAGGAGUUUGUGGUUUUAGUGCACAGUGUCAUGUGAUAAAUCAUAGUCCAAUUUGUUCUUGUCCUGCCAACUUGAUUGGUGAUCCAUUCGUGGAGUGUAAAGUACCACUGGCUGAACCAGUAGAUCCCUGCAAUCCUUCACCAUGUGCUGUCAAUGGAAUCUGUCGAGUUCACAAUGGAGCUCCGGUAUGCACGUAUCCAGAAUGUGUAAUCAAUUCUGAUUGCUCUCGCGAUCGUGCUUGUUUCAAUCAAAGAUGUCGUGAUCCGUGUAUCGAUGCUUGUGGUCUGAGUGCUCUCUGCACAGCUAUCAAUCACAAGGCAGUGUGCUCGUGUCCGCCAGGUUUCGCUGGAUCACCAUAUGUGGAAUGCUAUCGUCAUGUUGAACCUACAGUUCGUCCCGAAUGUGUAAGUGACAGCGAAUGUGCAAAUGAUAAGGCUUGUAUCAAUCAGAAGUGUGUGAAUCCGUGCCUGGAAUCCAAUGGUGGACUCUGCGGUCAAAAUGCUGAGUGCCAUGUCAGAGUACAUCGACCUGUUUGUGUCUGCCGAAGUGGAUUUACUGGAAAUGCUCAUUUGGCAUGCUACGAAAUAGGAUGCCGCUCUGAUUCAGACUGUCCAGUUACCCAAGCUUGUGUCAACCGGGAAUGUGUUGAACCUUGUUCAUACACUCAAUGUGGAACAAAUGCCAUCUGCAGAUCUGACUACAAUCACAAAGCUCGGUGCUUCUGCCCAGAUAACUAUCGAGGAAAUCCUCUGGUUAGCUGCAAUCGACCAGAAUGCACCAUUGAUACAGAUUGUCCCUACCACCUGGCCUGUCUCAAUGAACACUGUCGGGAUCCAUGCAACUGCGCUCCCGGAGCUCUGUGUCGCGUAGACAAUCACAGAGCAUCUUGCCGUUGUCCUCCAGGAUACACAGGCGAUGGAAAUGUUGCAUGCUCAUUCAUUCCCGUUGAAAAAGCUCCGGAAUGUACAAUGGAUGCUGACUGUCCUAGUAAAUUGGCUUGCUUCAGUGGCGUGUGCAAGAAUCCUUGCUACGAAACCAAACCCUGUGCUGCCCAUGCAAUUUGCAAUGUGGUAGACACACUCCCGCUCAGGACUAUGGUCUGCCAAUGUGAACCAGGAUAUGUCGGUGAUGCCGAAGUUGAAUGCAAAUUAGCUCCAUUGAAGGAUGAAGGAUGCUCUGCGGACAGUGACUGUUCCUUGACAGAAGCCUGUAGAAAUCGCAUUUGUGUGAAUCCUUGUUCAGAUGGUAAUCCAUGUGCAAGGACAGCCGAAUGUCGUGCUCAAAAUCACCGAGCAGUUUGUGUAUGUUCGCAAGGAAUGGUAGGUGAUCCAUUUGUAAACUGCUUCCGGGAACCUACAGUAACAACACCAGAAUGCCGAUCAAAUGCCGAUUGUACGGAUGACAAGGCAUGUGUAAACAAGAAAUGCCUUAAUCCUUGUGCAGAAGGUAAUCCUUGUGGUGGCAAUGCUGAAUGUCGUGUAGCUCUGCAUCGACCACUUUGCUACUGUCCAGCUGAUUGGGGUGGUGAUCCACAUGUACAGUGCCAUAGGCCAGAGUGUCAAGUCAAUGACGAUUGUCCCUAUGAUAAGGCCUGUUACAGUGGAAAAUGCCUCAAUCCUUGCUCGUACGGACCGGUUCAGUGUGGUCGUGGAGCUGAAUGCUUUGCACAGAAUCACAGAGCCAACUGUGCCUGUCCACCGGGCACUCAAGGUAAUCCCAUGGUGUCAUGUAUCACUGGUUUGUGUCAGUACAAUGAAGAUUGUGCUGAUCAUGAAGCAUGUGAUCGUCUCAAUCGGGUCUGUCGACCAGUUUGUGAAGCUGAAACUUGUGCCAAGGAUGCUACCUGUACGGGACGCAACCAUCAACCGGUUUGCGAAUGCUUCCCUGGCACAACAGGCAAUCCCUUCGUCGAAUGCUACCGUCCAAGGCAACCUGUCGAACCUGAGUGUCGAACAGAUGGCGAUUGUCCGUCAAAAUUGGCUUGCUUUGAGGGUAGAUGUGAGAAUCCUUGUAGAAAAUCCAAUGUAUGCACAUCUCAGGAUCAAAUCUGUUCUGUUGUGGAUACCUUACCAUACAGAACUAUGCUGUGCAAGUGUCCAGGAGAUACUGUCACCAAUGCCAAUGGCAAGUGUAUUCCAAUUAAAUUGGAACAACCUGUGGGAUGUACUUCAAAUGCUGACUGUGCAGAUCCGGAGAUUUGUACACGAGGCACUUGCAUUGUGGCAUGUCAUGUUGAACAGUGCGGUAUCAAUGCACAGUGUACAUCAUCAACUCACCGAGCGAUAUGUUCAUGUGCUCCUGGAUAUGAGGGUAAUCCUCUGAUUGAGUGUUCACCAAUACCGAAGACACCAUCUCGCCCAGAGCCAGCAGAAUGCUACAAGAACGAUGAUUGUCCCUUUGAUAGGAAGUGCAUCAAUGAAUUGUGUGUCAAUCCCUGCACAGCUGGAGAUCCUUGCGGACGUGGAGCUGUGUGCUUUAUUGAGAAUCGAGAGCCUGUUUGCAAGUGUCCUAAGGGUUAUACUGGCGAUCCUCGAGUAUCAUGUCAGCCACCAUCUGAAGCUACAGUCGGCUGCAAAUCCAACUCAGAGUGCGCUCUGUCGGAGUCCUGUAUUAAUAGAAUUUGUGCCAAUCCAUGCAAUUGUGGUCAGAAUGCAGAUUGCAGGAUUGUCGAUCACUAUCCCAUUUGCUAUUGUCGUCCAGGAUACUCAGGAAAUCCUCAAUCUGGCUGCGUAAAACAUGAAUGUACUUCCGAUUUUGACUGUAGCGACGAUAAGACUUGCUUAACUGGACAAUGUGUCAAUCCUUGCAUUGUCAGUGAUCCAUGUGCAAUCAAUGCUGAAUGCUACGGGCACAACCAUCGUGCAGCUUGUCGAUGCAAUCCUGGUUUGGAAGGUAAUCCCUUCGAGAGGUGCGUUCGUGUGGAAUGUCACUCAGACUUUGAGUGUCCGGACAAUAGGGCCUGCAUCGACAAUCACUGUAUUAAUCCAUGUGCAACUGAUGCUCAUCCACCAUGUGCUCAAAAUGCACUAUGCUAUCCCAGAAAUCAUCGGGCUACUUGUCACUGCCCUGAAGAACUACCGCUCGGAAAUCCCUUCUCGUACUGCGAACGCAAGGUCAUCCCACCGAGUCAGCCUGAAUGUAUCAGAGAUACUGACUGUCCCAGCAAAUUGGCAUGCAUUGACAACAGGUGCCAGGAUCCAUGUGGUGUUCUCAAACCUUGUGCUUCUUCGGCCAAAUGCAGUGUUCUCAACAGUGUUCCUGUCCGGACAAUGAUCUGUGAAUGUCCAGAACUCUGGGUGCCUGAUACCAAUGGAGAAUGUCGCCAAUUGAUCAUUCAGACACCGCCAGGAUGUGCAAGUGACAGUGAAUGUCCGGACAAUGAAGCUUGCAUCAAUCGUCAAUGUCGAAAUCCUUGCAAUUGUGGUACGCAUGCUACAUGCUUAGUUCAAAAUCACCGAGCUGUCUGUUCAUGCGAAGAUGGCUACCAUGGAAAUCCCAAUGUUGCAUGUCGAACUGUUGGAUGUCGAACAGAUUCUGAAUGUGAUUCGGGUAAGGCAUGUAUCAACCAGAAUUGCGUCAGUCCGUGCUUAGUGAGAGAUCCUUGUGGUACCAAUGCUGAAUGCUAUGUCUACGAGAACAAAGCACAGUGUCGCUGUCUCAGUGGAUUCCGUGGUAAUCCUUGGGAACGUUGUCAUGUGGUAGGAUGUCGAAGCAACAGUGACUGUCCAACGGAUAAAAAUUGCGAGAAUGCUCAAUGUGUCAAUCCAUGUGUUUACGGAAAUAUAUGCUCACCACGAGCUGAGUGUCGUCCACAGAAUCAUAUGGCAGUAUGCCGUUGUCCACCAGGUUUCCUAGGCAAUCCAUAUGUAGACUGUAGACCAGAACCUGUGCCAGAGUGUGUUGUAGAUACUGAUUGUUCACCUCGACUUGCAUGUAUUGAUCACCGGUGUCAGGACCCUUGCCUUAUCCUCGAACCUUGCCACCGACCGUCAAUCUGUGAAGUUGUACCGUCAUCUCCCGUCCGAACGAUGAUCUGCAUCUGUCCAGAAGGCUAUGUCAGCAGUGGCAGUGGAACGUGUAAGCCUACUGAGCCUGUACUCAAAGUAGGCGGUUGUAUUGCAGAUUCCGACUGUGCCAGUGAGAAAGCUUGCGUCAACGGAAUCUGCAGGAACCCUUGCAAUUGUGGACCUAAUGCAGAAUGUCGUAUCAAAGAUCACAAACCCGUAUGCUCAUGCGAACAGGGUUAUGAAGGUAAUCCAGAGAUUGAGUGCAUCAGAAUUGGCUGCAGGUCAAAUGACGAAUGUUCUGGACAACAUAGUUGUGUCAAUAGACAAUGCGUGCCGGUUUGUGCUGCCGAUGGAAGAUCUUGCGGAGAAAGGGCACAGUGCUACGGAAUAAAUCACCGAGCUGUGUGUGAAUGUCCACCAGGAUACAGUGGGGAUCCUAGACAGGCUUGUCUCCUCCUAGGAUGUCGCAGUGAUUCAGACUGUCCUUUCGACAAGGCCUGCAUCAACAACAAAUGUCAGGAUCCUUGUGAGAAGACCGCAGUUUGUGCCAUCAAUGAAAUUUGUCAAGUGUACAAUCAUCGUCCUGAAUGUGCAUGCCCACCGGGCUAUGUAUCAGAUUACGAAAAGGGCUGUCGCAUUAUAGAAGACAUCUGCAGAAAUGACGGUGAUUGUCCAACUCAAACAGCUUGUAUUGGAAGUGAAUGUAUCAAUCCGUGCAAUGCUACUAGACCAUGUGGAGUUAAUGCUGAAUGUAAGGUCUUCGAUACGAUACCUGUGAGGACAAUGGUGUGUGUUUGCUUGCCUGAUUACCAAGGAAAUGCAGCAGUUCAGUGCGACAAGAGAUCGUUGUGCAAUAUUGAGAAGGGCUUCGUUAGAGAUAUUGACGGAAAAUGCGUUUGUCCUCCAGGCUCUGCCUUGAAUAUCUACAAUGAGUGCAUGCAGUGCCGCCCAGAAGCUGGUUAUAAGAUCGAUGAAACUGGACACUGCGUAUGUGCUCUAGAACGUGGAAUGGUUAUUGAUGAGAGAGGUAGAUGCAUCUGUCCAAUUGAACAUGGAUAUCGCCUAACGGAUCGUGGUGAAUGUAUCAGGACAGAUCGACCAGAAUGCGAAAGCAACGAUGAAUGUCCUGAUCAUCGCUACUGCAAUCUCGAGACAAAGACCUGCGAAGAUCCAUGUGUGGACAAGAGAUGCGGUAUUAAUGCUCUCUGCAAUGCUACAAAUCAUCAGGCAAUUUGUCAGUGUAUAGCAGGAUACACAGGAGAACCUGAGAUUCAGUGCAAUCACACAAACUUCCGUACGGACUUCCCACAACCAGAAAUGGUCGUUAGUUGUCUGGCUGAUGGAGUUCAAGUGAAGAUUCACAUUGCUGAGCCAGGAUUCAAUGGGGUGCUGUAUGUGAAAGGACACAGUAAGGAUGAGGAAUGUCGAAGAGUUGUCAAUCUUGAUUCUGAUUCAGCAGAGAGAACUGAAUUGUUCAAAGUACACUUUGGCAGUUGUGGUCUGAUUCAUGUCAAUGGAAUUGCCAGCUUUGUCCUCGUGAUACAGAAACAUCCCAAAUUGGUCACCUACAAGGCUCAAGCAUAUCACAUUAAGUGCGUUUACCAAACGGGAGAGCAAAAUGUGACAAUUGGUUUCAAUGUGUCCAUGCUGACGACAGCUGGAACAAUUGCCAACACCGGACCACCGCCCAUCUGCUCAAUGAAGAUUGUCAGUUACAAUGGCCAGGAGAUUACUUCCGCGGAAAUUGGUGACAAUCUCAUGCUGCAAGUUGACGUCCAACCAGCAACAAUUUACGGUGGCUUCGCACGUGGCUGUGUGGCCAAGACGAUGGAGGAGAAUGUUGAGAAUGAAUAUAUUGUGACAGAUGAUGAUGGAUGUGCCACUGAUCCCAGUAUCUUUGGCGAAUGGGAGUACAAUUCGGAGACAAAUAGUCUUCUAGCCAGUUUCAAUGCUUUCAAAUUCCCCUCAAGUGACAAUAUACGCUUCCAAUGUAACAUUCGUGUCUGCUUUGGACGAUGUCAACCGGUCAAUUGUCGUGGCUAUGAUGCCUUUGGCAAGCGCAGGAGACGUCGUCAGAUUGAAGAUACGAAUGUAAAUAGGACAAAUACUGCCCUCGCUGGAAGUAAUUUCGGCCUUGAGGGUCAGUUGCGUGAAGAGAUUGUCAUUCAGUCGAAUGCCAUUCUUACAUUUGAGCGGAAGGAAGAGCGAUUGGGUGAUUCUAGCAAUAUUUCUCCUGCGGCUCAGCGUGUGGAGGAUAUUUGUGUGUCAAUGGUGGGUUUGAUCAUUGCACUGGUCAUUACGGCCCUUCUGGCACUUGUGGCUGUUGCUGUGGCUGUUUCGUGUUGGUUGAUGGCCUAUCGGCGUCAGCCAAAGACAACGGGUCCAUUGCCACAUCCACCAGAAUUUCCCAAUCCACUAUUUGCCAAUCCUGAAACUGUACCAGAACCAGCUCCUGACUAUUUAUCAUAAGCCCUAAGGGAGUGGUCAGAGAGAGAGGAUUGAGUCCUCUUGAUUGUCCUGACGGGUGACAUUCCAAAAUGUAUAGAAUGUAUAGAAAAGAAUGAUUUAGCAAUUUAUUGAAGAAAAAGAAAAGAAAAAAAGAAAAGAUUGAACAAGAAGUGUUCAAGAAAACGAUAAAAAAAAUUAGUUGAUAAGAUAACAAGGAACACGGUAAACUCUGUGGAAAGUGGAUAAAUGAGUCAUGAGGACGAUUUAAAAAGAAAAUUACUACAAAACUGCCAAAGGAAUAAGAGAAAAAAAGCGUCUGAAGAGUGGAUAAUUCUGCAAAAUCAUUCAUGGAGUGAACUGUGUUCCUCAUCAUCUCCUCCGUUAACCGAAAAAAAAACAAUCAAGUCUAUGUAGUAUCUCUUCACGCUGUUUAGUUUACAAAAGAAAAACAACAAAAAGUGGUGAAGGCUUCUUCAAACUCUUGAGAAACUGCCCGCUCUACGAUAGAAGGAAGGAUGAUAGGAUACUAAGCACUGUGAACUACUUCAUCCUCAAAAGGUAGUUUAAACUUCACUCUUUCUUCAUUCUUUUUCAUUUCUAUAUUUCUCAAAUGACUUUUCGACGGUUUCUGGAGGAUUUGAAUAAAAAAAGAACUAUAUUUAGUUUUUAAUAAUUAUUUUAUAUAAAUGAAGAAAAAAAUGAUUAAGAAAAUCAACGAAAAAAAAGGAGAAAUCGCAACUAAGUUACGAAAUAACCGAAGGAGAUAUCCAGCUGAAAGAUAAGUAAUAACUCGCUACUAAAUCGCUAAUAAAAGACGUACUAUAACGUUAAUAAUUUUGUAGUCAUCAGUGAAAAUGAACUGUAUAAUAAUUUAAAUAAUGAAAAAAAGAAAUAAUAAAAAGAAUAAAAAAAAAAUAGACGAAGUCUUCGAAGAAGGAUAUUCGAAGAUAUUUUUGAAGGAAUGUUUUAAUGAGACAAAGAGAGAAAGAAAUAUUUGUUAUACAUUUUGUAAAUGAUUGUCUGUGGUGAUUUUUUUUCCUGUGUGUAUUAUUUAACAAAAAAAAAUAUUUUUAUUAUUGUAUUUUAUGGGAGAAAGCAAAUUUUGCAACAAAAAAAAUGAGAGGAGGAUAAUUUUAUUGUUUCGCGAGAGAUCGAAAGUGGAUAAAAAGUGGCUCGUCUCGAGUUGACGAGGCUGGCAAAAGCCUAAGCCUCAGUGGAAAUACAAAAAAAAAUCCGCAUUUUUGUGUAGAAAAGAAGAAGAAGAGAAAAAUCCUAAGGAUGAGUGUAGAAUUUUGCUCGGUACUGUUGCAAUUCACCAAAAAAAUAAAAGGAAUUCCUCUCCAAAACCCCGAUAGGGAGGAUCCUUUGCUAAGUGCAGCGCAUAAAAUGCUUCAAUGCAGCGAACCUUGACAGCAUUUAGCGAUGUACUUUGCCCUUUUUUUGUAUAGUCCCCGUGGACACAAAGAUCUUCGAUCCCCCCAAAAAGAAAAACGAAUCAUCACUACUGAGAUUCUAUUCUCACGACAGGAAGAUGUGUGUAUAGUCAAUAAUUUUAAAUAUUAUAAUUUAUUUGUAAUAUUACAAAUUUGUAUAUGUAUUUUUUUUUAAUUUUGUUAAAAGUUUUCUUCUUAAGAGGGAUUUUUUUUCCGAAAGAACGCGCAGAAAAACAACGCACAACGUUUUUUCAUCCCCUAUUUUUGUCUCUCAGUAAUUUAUAAGUCUCUUUUUUUUUGUUUUAUGUCAAUUUGAACGAUCCUACACUUUUUAUACAACUUUCACUCCUCUCAAAAAGUGUUACUUUUUAAUAAAAGAAUAGAAAUAUCUCUUUAUUGCGCUUAACACAACCGUCCGCCCUGAAGUAAAGCAAAAGAAAAAAAAGAAGAUAAACUCAAGAAUGCAAUUAACUGUUUUUUUAAUUAAAACAUUUAAGAAACAAAAAGAUAUAGUAAAAAUAACAACGCAAUACUCGAAAUUAAUUGUUCACGGUUGGAGUUCUGUGUAUAAUAUUUAUGAACACAAUAUUUCUUACCAAAAUGUAUUAUUAAAUGCAGAACUCAACACAUGAGAUAUAAAAGAUGAAAAUGCAAACAAUAUUAUUGUCUGUAUUAUGCAAUUGUAAUUUAAUAACGUGAAAUUUAUUUUCAAAUAAAAACUAAUCUAAUA